AUGAUGAGGCCUGUGAGUGGCUCCCUCUCGGGGAAGGUGGUUUUGCCGUGCCACUUCUCCACCAUGCCCACUGCCAUGCCCUCCUUCAACGCCAACGGCACAGUAACCCACUCCAGCACCGACUACCUGCGCAUCAAAUGGACCAAAAUGGAUGGGGAACAGGAAUCCACAGUGCUCGUGGCCCAAAAUGGCGUCAUUAAGAUAGGCCCCAUCUACAGAAACCGCGUGUCGGUGCCCAGCCACCCAGAGGAUGUGGGGGAUUCCUCUUUGACCAUGGUGAAGCUCCGAGCCAGUGACGCAGGCACCUACCGCUGCGAGGUCAUGUAUGGUAUCGAGGAUACGCAGGACACGGUCAACCUCGACGUCAACGGUUGGUGUCAUCUGUUUAUUUCUGUAUAGUCAAUUUCUCUGCUUCUUCCCUUAUGCUGGAGAAAAAAUCUGCUAGGCACAUUGACACUCUGGCAAGUUCAUGUUAGAAAACGUUUGAUAAGCUUAUGAAGUUGAUGAGCCAACCUUUGAAUGUAAUGGGGGUGGUGGAGACGUCUUAGUAAGAAAUCAAAGCACUUUCCCUCAAUGUGUCAUUCAGUAAAUAUGAAAGUAGGGAGGACAUGUCGACUGUAGACUAGGGGUUUCCUGCAUUUUGUGCUAGAGACACACAUUCUCACUACAGAGUUAUCUUUGGACGAUCAUUCCUACAUAUGGAUGAUAAUACAUUUGGACCCAACUCUAUAUGUAUCGUCACUUGGGACACAUCACUUCUGGAGUGGCUAUGACAUUGGGAGGAGUUACUCAGAUACAUUAUAGGCCUAAGUAUUGUGUGCAUUUGAUGAUAUUGGGUGCCUGUUGAUGUUUCCCCUCCUUUUAACCUGAAUGACCCCAUGCUCUUAUAAUUAGACAUCUUGUUUUAUCGAUUUAGUAUAGGCAACAAUCAUGCGUUAAUCAUUAUAUAAUUGGUUUGAAGGGAGUACAUCUGGUAUUAGUUUAACAGUCUUUCUCCCUAUGUUUUGCAUCGCAACAGUUUCUCAUUGAAAACAGUGGCAUGCAAAGUUACUCUUCUCACCAGGAAAACUAGAUAUGAUCUGAUAAAAGACAAACACAGUAAGAUCAGUCACUGAUGAGGUGUCACCAUACAAUGUUGAAUAUUGUCGUGUUUAUGGUCUAUGUCCCAAGUGGGAUAUUAUGCAGAACAGUUCCAGAGCUAUGGCAACCGUGGUGUAAAUCUUAAUAUUUGUGUAGUAGGAUAUCGAUGUCCCAAUAACUUAACAUGCCUCUAUUCUCAAUCUUUAUUUGGGGAGUUAGAUUAUCUGGCAGACAUAACUCAUAUUUUGGACAUGUUGAAAACAGGGAUGGGUUGAUUUGGGAUCGCUUUGGCUUUCACGGAGACAUAACCACCCAUCUCUCCAACUCGCUGCAAUUAUAAUCACAGACAUCAUUAAUUUCUUCAGAGUCAGUCAACUGACACAAAUAUGGGAAGUCAGGGCCAUGAUAUCGUCUCUAAAUCAUCCAGAGUUAUCUUCAUUUGUGGUCAUUGCAGAGGGUUCUAGUCAUCUUCAGCUAAAUCAUCACAAGAAACAUAUUAGACCCUGAUUUAUUUAACACGUGUGUGCUAUUAGACAGGGGUCAUGACACCUAGUUUUUUUACUCACUGAUUAUUAAACCAUUGUUUGCUAAGGCACUUUUCUACACAGGACCUAAUUUGUUUUUGUGUGUGUGUGUGUGUGUGUGUGUGUGUGUAUAUAUAUGUGUGUUUGUGUAUGUGUAUAUGUGUGUGUGUGUUUGUUCCCAGGUGUUGUGUUUCACUACCGGGCAAGCAACAGCAGGUACAACAUGAACUACAGGAGCGCUGUCCAGGCCUGCCAAACCAUAGGAGCCUCCAUCGCCACGCUUGACCAGCUCAAAUCAGCCUAUGACGACGGCUUUGACCAAUGUGAUGCAGGCUGGAUCGCAGAUCUGUCAGUUAGGUGAGACGACCUUCAAUGUUCUAUUCUGUUUGUGUCAAAAACAAAAUAGAAGUCAUUGGCUAAAUUAGAAAUGGACUGGCUCACAGGCUACUGGUAACUGGUUGUCACAGGGCCUGAAGUCUAAAACUGUUUAGUUUACCCUCUCUGCCAUAGUUGUUGUUGGUCUGAAUUUGCAUGUAUACUGAUAUAUACUGAGUUUAAGCCAGUGACAGUACCAGCUCUAUUCUGACUCCCUGGCUCUCUCAUUUAUGACAUGAUGUACAGGUUGGCUGAUGCAAUAAACUUUCCCUUUGGGGAUCAAUAACAUUACCUGAUCUUAUCUUCUCCUUGCAUGUGUAGAUACCCAAUCACCAGACCUAGACCUGGCUGCUAUGGCAACCUGCAGAGGAAGGCUGGGGUGAGGACGUAUGGAGCCAGGAAGGCCACAGAGACCUAUGAUGUCUACUGUUAUGUGGACAAGCUGGAUGGUAAGAGAUCAACAUGUGGGAUGUAGGGAGCUAGUGGUACAUCCAAUGAAAACCAAGAUGAGCACAUCCAGUGGAACCAUACACAGCUAAGCUGCUAAGCUACACUGAUGCUAGUCAGGGGGAGUAUUGAGUUUCUACACACCUGGUGAUGGAAAGAGGUGGCAAUGUACCAAUUUAGCAAGUAAAUGCAUGCGGCGAGGCAUUUCCUCUCAAAAUAUUUACUGGAUUCUAACUUGUUUGUUGCCUGUUUAUAACAUAUUUCAUGGUCUGUAAAUAGGAAUGAGUGAAGGCUACAGUAACUCUACGUAACUUUGACAAGCAGCAUGGUGCCAAACGUUAUUCCCCUGACAACCACAGCGAUCAACAGAGACAAACUGCCAGGCGCUCAAUGUUGGACCAGAUUCCUCCUUCCCUCCACAAAGGCUCUAAAAACGACACCAGAAACGAUGUGGUGAUGGGAGCUUUAAAUGCUUCUGGCUCCAUAAAGGGAAAACAUGAGAGCUGCCAAUACACUUUAUUAUCUGUGUUUAUCCUUCACGCUGAGCCUGCUGACAAAUUGAACGUGAGUCGCAGCGUGCUCCAUCACUUGUCUCUGAGCGCUAACAUCACUCCUCAUGCCACUCACGCUGGGAAAGUAUCACACGUGUCUUCCUUGUGGUAUUAUCAGGUCAAAUCCUCUUGGAUGACGAGGAGUAUGAUAAUACCAUUAGGGUGUAACAUGUAGUAGUGUUGAUCUUAAUGCACUGUGAUGAAGGCCAGCUGAGGAACACAUGUAGUUACUCCAUUAUGGUGUCAGCCAGGGAGCAGCACCCCCCCACCUGCACCUCACCAUGUUCUGCUCACAGUUCAAUAAUGCAAAGUACACAAACACAAAUUUGUGACUGAAUUCAGGAAGUUGAUAUUAUAUCAAAUGAUCAUUAUUUUAAUAUAUGUUAUAAAAGUUCAGACACAUAGCUUCAAAAUUGUAUAUCAUACACUGCAGUUGGGGUAAACAUGAGAAAGUUCUGCUUCUUUGAAAUUUGAUCAACUUGUUAUCCCACUUGGAGAUAAGUAGGAGAAAAAAGACCUUGAAUGUUUUUCACACUUCCUAGAGAGCUCUUCUUUGUUUACGCCCAUUCAACAUUGUUAACGGCCUCUAAAGCCUUUAAAAAUUCACAUUUAAACUCAUGAGUCAGCAUGGCAUUGUCCUCCAGAAAGAAGUCUGUCUAUUAUCCACCCCCAUCUAUUAUCUUAGCCAAUCAUGGAUCCUAACGUUCUCCCUAUAUAGCUCAGUGGUUUCUCCUUGGCUAAACUAGGCUCAUAAUUUAAAUGUUUUAUUCAUAUUUACGGACCCAUACAACUUUGUAAUUAAGGCAUAUGAAAGUUCAUAUGUUCAAGAAGGCAUCAUAUAUAUAUAUAUAUAUAUAUAUAUAUAUAUAUAUAUUGUUUGUUUUGUUGUUGCUGUGAAGUAGGAAAUAGCAUCAAACGCCCUUGAUCCUGAAUCCAAAAUCGUACCUAUACGGUAUAUACACUGUCAUACCUUAUACAUACUGCCUCUGUACGGUAUAUACACUGUCAUACCUUAUACAUACUGCCUCUGUACGGUAUAUACACUGUCAUACCUUAUACAGACUGCCUCUGUACGGUAUAUACACUGUCAUACCUUAUACAUACUGCCUCUGUACGGUAUAUACACUGUCAUACCUUAUACAUACUGCCUCUGUACGGUAUAUACACUGUCAUACCUUAUACAUACUGCCUCUGUAUGGUAUAUACACUGUCAUACCUUAUACAUACUGCCUCUGUACGGUAUAUACACUGUCAUACCUUAUACAUACUGCCUCUGUACGGUAUAUACACUGUCAUACCUUAUACAGACUGCCUCUGUACGGUAUAUACACUGUCAUACCUUAUACAGACUGCUUCUGUACGGUAUAUACACUGUCAUACCUUAUACAGACUGCCUCUGUACGGUAUAUACACUGUCAUACCUUAUACAUACUACCUCUGUACGGUAUAUACACUGUCAUACCUUAUACAGACUGCCUCUGUACGGUAUAUACACUGUCAUACCUUAUACAUACUGCAUCUGUACGGUAUAUACACUGUCAUACCUUAUACAGACUGCCUCUGUACGGUAUAUACACUGUCAUACCUUAUACAUACUGCCUGUAUAUACACUGUCAUACCUUAUAGUGCAAUGUCUCUGUAUGGUAUUACUGUGCAUAUAAAUGCAUAUUUAUGGAUUCCGGGACUUUCAGUGAAAAGAGAUGUUGAGAGAUGUUCCAAUGUUUAGCAAACCAGAGUCUACUUCCCUUGACACUGAGACACAUGGCAACAGAACAGAAACAGCCAGUUGUGUGUUGUGGUGUUUAAUAUGUCUCACGCCUGCAUUAUUAAAGGCAAAUUUAACACCAGACACUGCGACUGGGGAUGUCCGAACCAUACAGCAGUAAAUCUGUAAGGUUUAAAGUGUGGGAUAAUUCAUAUGGAAACUACUGAGAAGACAGUGAACGUUACACCCAAAUCUUAACUGGAAACAUGCAGUCUUUUUAUCCCCACUGUUGCUUGUUUUGAACUAGAAGUGUUUGAUGAUGUUGAGAAGUUGAAAACAUAACCAGUAAGUGGUUAAUGUAGUCAACGUCAUGAACUACAUUAACCAUGGACUGCCACACCCACUGUGGGGGACCUAAUGGCAUGAGGGAUAGACCGUCUUUAAAAGUGCAAACACAUAGUCAGCAUUGCUAGCCCACCUCAGGAUAAUGGAAUGAAUGCUGUACUGUAGUCCUAAAUUAAUUAGUUGGUGAAGGUUUAGGCCCAGAGCCCUCCACAGCAUUGACACUGGCUUAUAGUUAUGGCUCUAUAUCUUUAUGAAACUGCUUCCAUGGUCAAAUUGGAAUGACAUAUUUGUUAGGGACGAUACCAGUAUUGCAAUACUCGUUAGUAUCAUAGCAAGGAAACAAACAUUAUUAGGUUUUUAAAAGACCAAAGCGUUUGGUCUGCUUCGUGUUUUCAUUUUUGCCAUUGAAAAAAUAUUGCGAUACUGGUAUCGUCACAGCCCUAAUAUGUUUUCCUAUAUCCACAUUCCCCAGUAGCCAUAUCCACUUGAUUUAUUAAAGUGUACUGUCACAUAGAAGUUUAUGAAAAGGUCAAUACAAAUGCUUAUAAUAGGGAGAACAGAACUCAAAUUGUCAGUCAGUGAUAGCACACAUAGAAGUUGUAUUACAACACCCUGAUACCCAGUCACUAGAAAGUCACAAUUGACAUGUAAUGCCUGUUUGUUUUCAGGUGAGGUAUACUAUGCGCCUGUGACCCGUAAGAUGACGUUUGAGGAGGCGAAGAAGGAGUGUGAGAACAGGAACGCCAUACUGGCGUCGCCGGGUCAGCUCCACUCCGCCUGGAGACAGGGUCUGGACAGGUGUGACUACGGCUGGCUCUCUGACGGCAGCGCUCGCCAUCCCGUCGCCGUACCCAGAAUGCAGUGUGGUGGAGGUCUACUGGGCGUCAGGACCAUGUACCGCUACAGGAACCAGACGGGCUUCCCAGAACCCUCCACACAGCUGGGAGCCUACUGCUUUACAGGUAAACAUACAUAGGUAUUCUCAUCUAUGUGGAAAGGGUUCCUUUUGGAUUUAACAGAGCACUCUCAGAGCAUACUACUCAGACACAGACUGAGGUCAGAGAGUAUUUAGUAUUUCUGGUCAAGGCCAGUGCCGUGAUGUCACCCCUUUAGGGUGCAGCUGCUUCACUCCCACCCACCAAUCCUCAUCUUGUCUGCACCCUCUGACACUAAUACUGAAAUGUCUACAAAACACUCUCAAAAUGUUGUGUAUAACUCACCUUGUAUUGAUUGUAUGGUUUAUUUGCAUGUUAAUUUUAGUGUUUCUUUUGUCAAGAAAACGAACGAAACAGAUCCCUAUGUAGAGCGCUGUGCGUUUCACUCUAACUAGACUGUGUAGCCUGUUACAUUGAAUUACUGACCUUACUGUAUGUCCUUUUGGGUUCCCGCCCUCAGCAACUAAAUUGGGAUUGGCUAACAGUAGGAUGAAAUCAUAAUUCUAAACUCUUGCUGUCUUUGAUCUCGAUGCAUAGCCCAAUCUGAGGGGUGAUUUACUCAAUGCAUAGCCCAAUCUGAUACUAAUGGGUGAUUUAUUGACCAAUGGUGUGUUGGAGAGUCCUACACAGUAAUUAUCUGUUUGGCUUUAAUAGCUGUAUUACUUCAAGGCAGGGCGCAUUUUGUGUUUUCUUUCUCUGUGGCUAGCCUUGGAUAACCUCAAUGGUGCAGUUGAGCAGAGAAAACAGUCACAUACUCCCUCAUAAAAGAUACAAAUAUAAGAUGUUCAAAUACUUGAUAAUAUACUUAUUUGAUCCAAGUUAGAUAAACUCUAUCUAAUCAUGACAUCUCCAGGUGAUGCCAAAUGACUCGGCCACCAAAACAAAGUGCAGAUACAGGUCUGUCAGACUUUCUCCUCUCCCUAUCUCUCUCUUUUCUCCUCUGUCCUCACGUUUCCACUGUCAGAGUUGGCCCCUUUUCUGUAACACUCACUUGGUAGUUAUCAGAGCAGACGUUAGGAUAACGGAUGGAGCUACUGACCGGACUUCUAAAACCAGUCAGCCUUGGUGACCUCUGACCUGGCCUUUCCAUCUUUUUAAACGAGGGUCGGCUAGAUAAGCCGACCUCUGACGUGGCCAUUCCAUCUUUUUAAACGAGGAUCGGCUAGAUAAGCCGCCCCCUGCCAGGCCAUUGGGCCUCCCUGAGAGACGCUAGAGGUCACAGGGUUAGGAGGUCACACAAAGAGUGCACUCUUACCUCCCCAUUUGUGUAUUCCAUUAUAGCUCUCCCUGUAUUCCAUUUUAGCUCUCCCUGUAUUCCAUUUUAGCUCUCACUUUUUGGUUUUGUUCUCGCCUAAGUGCUUUUCAAGUACCCCCUUUUCCAUUGGAUGGGACACUUAAUCAUUUCCCCUUCCAGGAACACAAAAACACCAAAUAAGACGUUAUAUAAACAUUAGUCAGUUAGAUGAGAGAGUGGCAGAGGAGGAAAAUGGAGGGAUAAUUUGGUCCCUGGACUGGAGAAAACAAAGGACCCAGUAACAGUGACAGCACACAAACAUCAGUGAGAUAGUGCACUCCCUCUGCUUUCUAACAGACCAGGGUCUAUUUUUCCUGCUAGGGAAAAAAGUGUCUCACACCUUACAUCAGAGAUAGCUGCGUAGAGAAGGAGGGAAAGUACGUAAUGCUGAACAGCUGUCGUCUGCAUUACACAGCCUGUCGGGCCCCUGAGGAGGUGUGUGUAUGUGUGUAUAUAUAUAUGAGAGAGAGGGAGAGGGGGAGAGAGAGAGAGAAGGGGGGAGGGGGGAGUAAGAGAGUGAGUCAGACAUAGGGGCAGUGAGAGAACGAGCGAGGAUGUGCCUUCUGAACAAUCAAGCUUUGAUCCAGUCACUGAGAGCAGUCUGGGAGGAAUAUAGGAUUGAUCUCUUAGCAACUUAACUUCAAUAGUCCUACAGUGCUGUAGCUUAUAGGGAGGGGUCAUAAUUAUGAUUAGGCAUAUUGGAGGAGCAGCUCCAGUGGCCACAUGAAGUCAGGAGCUGGAGCACAGACAGGGACAACACCAGUAAACUCAGAGACAGUGGGAUGACAGGCAUAAAGAGACCCAAAAACAAGAGCCACUCCACAAAACCACAAGAAUAGACGUCUAAAAGUGUAUGUGCUGUUUAAUUCCAGUGGUGGAAAAAGUACCCAAUUGCAUGCUAGAGUAAAGGUAAAGAUACCUUAAUAGAAAUUACUCAAGUAAAAGUGAAAGUCACCCAGUAAAAUCCUACUUGAGUAAAAGUCUAAAAGUAUUUGGUUUAAAAUAUACUUAAGUAUCAAAAGUAAAUGUAAUUGCUAAAAUAUACUUAAGUAUCAAAAAGUAAAAGUAUAAAUCAUUUAAAAUUCCUUAUAUUAAGCAAACCAGACGGCACAAUUUUGUUCUUUUAAAAAUGUACGUAUCGCCAGGGGCACACUCCAACACUCAGACAUAAUUUACAAACGAAGCAUGUGUUUAGUGAGUCCGCCAGAUCAGAGGCAGUAGGGAUGACCAGGGAUGUUCUCCUGAUACAGUGAGGGAAAAAAGUAUUUGAUCCCCUGCUGAUUUUGUACGUUUGCCCACUGACAAAGACAUGAUCAGUCUAUAAUUUUAAUGGUAGGUUUAUUUGAACACUGAGAGACAGAAUAACAACAACAAAAUCCUGAAAAACGCAUGUCAAAAAUGUUAUGAAUUGAUUUGCAUUUUAAUGAGGGAAAAAAGUAUUUGACCCCUCUGCAAAACAUGACUUAGUACUUGGUAGCAAAACCCUAGUUGGCAAUCACAGAGGUCAGACGUUUCUUGUAGUUGGCCACCAGAUUUGCACUCAUCUCAGGAGGGAUUUUGUCCCACUCCUCUUUGCAGAUCUUCUCCAAGUCAUUAAAGUUUCGAGGCUGACGUUUGUCAACUCGAACCUUCAGCUCCCUCCACAUAUAUUCUAUGGGAUUAAGGUCUGGAGACUGGCUAGGCCACACCAGGACCUUAAUGUGCUUCUUCUUGAGCCACUCCUUUGUUGCCUUGGCCGUGUGUUUUGGGUCAUUGUCAUGCUGGAAUACCCAUCCACGAUCCAUUUUCAAUGCCCUGGCUGAGGGAAGGAGGUUCUCACCCAAGAUUUGACGGUACAUGGCCCCGUCCAUCGUCUCUUUGAUGCGGUGAAGUUGUCCUGUCCCCAUAGCAGAAAAAUACCCCCAAAGCAUAAUGUUUCCACCUCCAUGUUUGACGGUGGGGAUGGUGUUCUUGGGGUCAUAGGCAGCAUUCCUCCUCCUCCAAACACGGCGAGUUGAGUUGAUGCCAAAGAGCUCGAUUUUGGUCUCAUCUGACCACAACACUUUCACCCAGUUCUCCUCUGAAUCAUUCAGAUGUUCAUUGGCAAACUUCAGACAGGCCUGUAUAUGUGCUUUCUUGAGCAGGGGGACCUUGCGGGCGCUGCAGGAUUUCAGUCCUUCACGGCAUAGUGUGUUACCAAUUGUUUUCUUGGUGACUAUGGUCCCAGCUGCCUUGAGAUCAUUGACAAGAUCCUCCUGUGUAGUUCUGGGCUGAUUCCUCACAGUUCUCAUGAUCAUUGCAACUCCACGAGGUGAGAACUUGCAUUGAGCCCCAGGCCGAGGGAGAUUGACAGUUCUUUUGUGUUUCUUCCAUUUGCAAAUCGCACCAACUGUUGUCACCUUCUCACCAAGCUGCUUGGCAAUGGCCUUGUAGCCCAUUCCAGCCUUGUGUAGGUCUACAAUCUUGUCCCUGACAUCCUUGGAGAGCUCUUUGGUCUUGUCCAUGGUGGAGAGUUUGGAAUCUGAUUGAUUGAUUGCUUCUGUGGACAGGUGUCUUUUAUACAGGUAACAAGCUGUGAUUAGGAGCACUCCCUUUAAGAGUGUGCUCCUAAUCUCAGCUCGUUACCUGUAUGAAAGACACCUGGGAGCCAGAAAUCUUUCUGAUUGAGAGGGGGUCAAAUACUUAUUUCCCUCAUUAAAAUGCAAAUCAAUUUAUAACAUGUUUGUCAUGCGUUUUUCUGGAUUUUUUUGUUGUUAUUCUGUCUCUCGCUGUUCAAAAAAACCUACCAUUAAAAUUAUAGACUGAUCAUUUCUUUGUCAGUGGGAAAAUGUACAAAAUCAGCAGGGGAUCAAAUACUUUUUUCCCUCAUUGUAAGUGUGUGAAUUAGACCAUUUUCAUGUCCUGCCAAGCAUUCAAAAUGUAACGAGUACUUUUGGGUGUCAGGGAAAAUGUAUGGAGUAAAAAGUACAUAAUUUUCUUUAGGAAUGUAAUGAAGUAAAAGUAAAUAGUAAAGUAAUGUACAGAUACCCCCAAAAACGACUUAAGUAGUACUUUGAAGUAUUUUUACUUAAGUACUUUACACCACUGUUUAAUUCACUCUUAAUGGACACAUGCAUGCCUAUAGACACAGUAGGAAAUGUGAAAUGAAUGUUCUAAGUUUGCACUUGUCUUAACGUUGAAAAUAGAAAGCUUUGAAAAUGACCUCACCUACAUUACAGUAUCUGCCUGUGCUAUGGAAACUAGCCUGUGCUAGUGGUGGGAAUGGAGGGAAAGAACAUUCUGAGUGGAUCAACAUGAUAAUACUGGACUUCUAGACACAAUUUAUGACCAUUGUUUGGUAUUUUGAACCCUUGUUAUGAUUACAAGCCUCUGGGGUGGGAAACUGCUUUCAUUACUGAUGCGCCAUAACAUGUCACAAUAAUUUCAGAAGAAUAUCAUUAUUUCUUGGAGAGAAAGUGUGAAUUUAUGGAUGGACUAGUGAUAAACACAACAGCUUUCAAAACUUUGAUGUGUCUCUAAGCAUCAUGUUUACACAGAGUUAUUUCAUGCCCUACACUCCCAUGCCAUGGCAACACUAUGUUAUUAAGCCAUGCCUGGGAUUUCACUCUGAUUUAGUUGUUUUCCUCACAAGAAGAAACAUUUUUGACCAAGUGUUACAAAUUAUUAUAAACUCUGCAAAUAUAGAGAACAUUGUAAGAUGAGUCCCAAGUUUAGUAAGGGGAAUUACAUUUGAAGGGGAUUACUUUACUUUGCUUUGUUUGAUACAAUAAUCAAUCAUUAUUAGACUUAUUGCGGGCUGUGGGAAAUGAUGUCAUGAUUUGUAGGUCUAGAGGCUGGGUCUUCUGAGGACACUCACUGUAGGGUUUAUAGUGAAGUCUAUACUGGCUUCGUGCCAUACACCAGCGUGUCUGCUGUAUUGUAAGUGGGUAGUGCUGUGUGAAACCUGGCGGAUUGAGUGAGUUGGCAAGGUACAGCCAAGACAAACGUACCAUUCUGGUGCCAGCCAGUGAACCUCAGACAGGAACUGGGUAGUUUGAAAAUAGAAUGAAAGAUCCCAGAUUAAAUAGUUAAGUGGUCCAAAAAUAAGACAGUGGGAUAUGAAUUUACUGGCUAUUAAUCACUCCGUUCUUAUGUUACAAACUAUUUUCGGGCCUGACCAUAUUUUUAUGUGUAAGUCAUUGGUUCUUUUUGUUUCAGGCACUUUUUUUGGUCUGGGGAUUUCAUUGACAGUAAUAGACUUGAUUUCCAUUCUUCUGUCCGCAGCUAGGAGGGAGCUGAGAAAUCAGACAACCUGGGUGGAUGUGUCUGUGGAGGGUGCUACUACGCCCCCCCCCAUGGUGGCCACAUCCCCCAUUGGUUCCACCACAGAGCUCUCUCCUCUGGACAGAGGCAGCGCUACCCAGACCCUGAGCUCUGAACUUGUUACAGAGACAGGAGAAUCAGCUGAAACAGCGGCAACACCGUCUAUGUUCUCAACCAGCAUGGCCCCGCCUCGCCCCACCCCGGUAACACAUGAAGACGAUCUUGAGGAGGUGACCCUGCUACACACAACCACUGCUACAGAGCCACACACUACCGCUGCCACCAUCACCAAGCAGACCGUUGACAAUGUCAUGACAACAGCCUUCCCCGAUUACAACGUCAAUGACUUUGAGGAAAGCCCAAGCCAUGUGGAGUUGUACUCUAACCGCGGAGACUCGUUUCAAGCUCCACCCACUACAAAAGGAGGUCCAACAACUCCACAUCCUGGUGAUACUACCUCCACUAAUCCCCCUCCGGCCACUGCAGCCGUCCAGGUGGAAGAUGCCAAACCUGAAGAAUCCGGAGGUACCACCGUGGCCCAGCCACAGAGCACAGAAUCUGGGCAGAGAUUGGCUGAAGCCAUAGAAGAACCAGAGGAUCACUCCGUGAUUGAAGUGGGCACGGUUCAGCCUGACAUUCUUCUAGAGGCCUCUCCAAGCACAGAACCCAUGUUUGCUCACGGAAACACAGAGGAAACCAUCCUGGAAGGGAUCACUCCGGAGAUUACCUCCGACCUGAAAGAUGCCAAAUCAGUUUCGACAACCAAACCAACUGAAUCAAUCACCACUGAGGAAACUACGGAAGAACCAAUCACCUCUGAGCAAACUACAGAUGAACCUAUUAGUACUGAGGACACUACAGAUGAGUCCAGUCUACAUGUAACUGAACUGCCCUACACUCUUGAAACCACAGAUGAUUCCGCAAUGAUGACUGCCCCCACCACUCCAGAUGUGUCAGUGAGUGGCGCUACUUCUCAACCAAUUGAUCGUAGUGAAGUUGAGGCUACUGCCCAGCCCUCAACAGCAGAGGUCCUUGAGGGAUCCUCUGAUGCAGUCACCACUGAAACUACCCCACCCACAACAUCCACUGCCACUCCUAGUAUGGUGAUGACCUUAUUCACUGAUGACGUGGAGGGCAGUGGGAUGGUACCUGAAACCCCCGUUGGCCUGGGCUCCGCCGCAUCGCUCACCUUGUCACCUACACCAAGGGUAUCCUCUACAGUGGCAGUAAGCACUGAGGACAGAAGCACACUUAGCCCCCACGCUGAUCAAUUCAAUCCCGCUGGUACAACAGUGUCCCCAGAAACAGAGGCAGCCUCUGAGGAGGACCUACAUUCAACAACCCCCUCCCCAGUCUAUGUUGAUGAGAUUGGAACAGAAGGAUUUGUAGAGGGACUUCCUCCAACCCAAGCGGUGCAUGAUGAGCCCUCAACAAGCCCAUCUCCCACCACUGUCCCAAUCGUGUGUGAUACAGAUCCCGGCUCCGGCAUUGAGACCACCACCACCCCGACACAACCAGGAGCCACACGCUCAACAAUACCAACGGAUUCAUCAUUGAAGCCUUUAGAUGACUCAAAAACUGAUGCCCUGACCACACCCUCAUCCCAAGACUCGACCGUGCAAGCCGUCACUCACCUGGCUGAGACAGAGGGUGUUUCUGAAGCUGAGGCCACCCAGAAACAUCUUCCUCAUGAUGUAGAGACACCAGCCAUCGUGUACAGGGAGGAGGCAUGUCAAACACAGGCCCCGCCAACUGAAUCCACCCCACUACAUGCAACCGUGACAUCCAAGCAGCCUUCCUCAGUGAGCACAACAGCAGCUGCCGUUCUCAUCAACAUUGAGACUUCAGCUGAGGAUGUGACCUCAGGCGUCCAGGUCAUUGAAGAGUCCACCACUCACCUCCCUGAGUCCCCCAGUGAAACCCUGACUGAAGGCUCGGACGUCACCACAGACAUCGACACAGAAUACUUCACAUCUGCCCCCAUGACCUCCGCCGUGAACAAGCCCACCAGGGCUCCAGCCACAGUGGGCCCAGACGGACUCCCAAUCCAUGUCAAUGUGGACGAGCAGAAGCAGAACGAUUCAGGUAAGAAGAAUACCUCUUGUUUGCUGUAUUCCAUUACGUCCAAUGCUAUGGUCAUUUGAUAUAGGCAAACAUUGGUCAUUUGAUAUAGGCAAACAUUGGUCAUUUGAUAUAGGCAAACAUUAGAGGUAAACGUUGAUCUGUAACAAUUCCACGUUUGGUGACCUAUAUAAAGUAUGAUAUAUAAAGGUCAAACUUCCAGUAGAUUAUGUUUAUUUUCAUGACGGUGAUAACCUGGAUGUCUGCAAUGUAAGUUGAUUGCAGUAGUUGAGGUUUGCUGUGGGUCACCUGGAAAGAUCAGGACCUCCCUAUAAUAGGAUUAGGCCUACUACACAGUCAUGUGGUGCACAUGUGCUUAGUAGUCCUUUAGAUCUGCCCCUGCCUGGGAUCCUUUAUGUCUGCUCUAGUAGGAGGUCAGAUGUGUUAGGCUACUGUUACUAGGGUGGGUCUUCAACUUGAUCACUCUCCUCCUGUUGACUUGCAAAAUAAGCUUAUUAAAACAUAAGCACAGUACAUAUUUUGGUUUACUGUGAAUAACAGCUCUUUUCUUGUUCAAUAUGUUUAGGCAUAGUGAGUCUCUAACAUGUGUUAACACUUAUGGCCUACUGUGCUGCUGCUCUCUGCCAAUGAACAUGAAUGUACAGUAGAGGGUUUUUUGGCAAGAGACAGUAAGACCAUGUGCUGUCCAGGGUGCUGAAGGGGGGGGGGGGGGGGGGGGGGGGGGGGGGGGGUUGACUCUCCGCCAUGGGGAAUGCACAUGUGCUGCUCUCUCUCUCUCUCUCUCUCUCUCUCUCUCUCUCUCUCUCUCUCUCUCUCUCUCUCUCUCUCUCUCUCUCUCUCUCUCUCUCUUUUGCUCUCUCUCUCGCUCACACACAGACGCUGCCACAUCAGCAUUAGCUUUGGUGUGACUUGUUCAUUUCAAUACCAUUAGGGAACAUGUUUGUAGUUUUUGACUUUGCAUAGGGUUUUCUUUUGGAUAUGUUGUAGUUUGGAGGAGCAUGGAGCUCUAAUAUUUUAUACUCUCUUGAUCAUGAAACAAAGAUCAUCUUUAUGUAAACCUAUCUGCAAAAACGAAGCAUAGUCUAACCAUAUUCUGAUUUAGCAUGGGUGAAGUUAAUGCUAGCUGAUUGAACACGUAUUCAUGGGUGACGACACAGUUAGCUAGCUAGUUUAUCAUGCAUUGUUACGUAUAUUGCCACAAUGGCUUUUUUGAGCUGGAUACUUGAAAAGGAAAAUUAUGACUCGUCUUGUCAUUGGACUAGCCAAUUAUUGUGUGGAACCACUACUGCACUGAGCACAUACUGUACGUAGCGAUAGUUGAUUAGCUACUCUAAACAAUGCUGAAGAAUACAGACUGGGGAUUUCGCUGUUUUCACUAACCUGCCAAAAAUGUGAAUACAGUAUGUCAUGUUUGGCUGACAUUUUCUUUCAUUUCAUGUCUGUCUGACGUUGCUUUGCCUUUAUAGUGUCAUAUUAUUCUCAUAUCUUACAACAUUUUACUCUAUAUAGUAAAAUGUGUUUCAUGAAAACCUUAGACCAAGCAAGAAUCAUGUAGGCUAUUUACAUCAGAAGACCCUUUGAAAAUGACAGAAGAAAAUCCACAGACAUAACAAAGGCGACAUUAGCGUAUUGUCACAAUUUGACAUCAUCUUACACUGUUACAGAGCAAAAAUAAAUAAAUAAAUUCUAAUCAAGUGGUUAGAUGAAAUAUAUGUCCACCCCUGUAGACCUGUCAAGGGAGCCCUUGCAAAACAUGUUCUUUGUAAUUGUUUUGCUCUCCCCUGCUAGCUAGCUAGUGAAUUCCUCAGUGGAUCCUCUCUCCCCACAUCCGUUAACAGUCUACUUGGUUCUUAGUAACUGGACCACCUCAGUUCAGUCACUUAGUCCAGCUGAACAAAUGUCCAGACAGACAGGGGGUUCAGAGGGAAAUAAACACAGUGAAAAAUGAAAAAGGUCACAGUCUCUAAGAAAGUAGCUGUUUAUUGGAUUAACAGGUCUUGUGGUCAGCAUAGCAGUGAGGCCUCCAGGACCUGAGUUAUGUCGAUUACCAAUGUUAAGGAUAACUCUCCCCACUUCGCUUUUUGCUAUCGCUGUUAUUCUCCUUCACUGAGGCAGCCGCAACAGUGUAGGACGAGGGAGUGUGUGGCCUUGAGUCCCACCCCUCACCUCACAGUCUAUUGGCCAGUGGAGGGAUUACUGAUGUCUUAUUCAGCAGGUUAUUGAUGGUUGCUCCGAGUGCCAGUCUGUUUCAGGCGUGAUUACUCAUGCUUUUUGAGUAAUGCUGGAUUAUAGAUUAAUAGCAUGAUUGUAAUAAUGUCAUAAUGACACUUUUCCUCUUUAAUUUCAAUCAGUUUAAGGCAAUAAAAUCCUUAAUGUGUCAUAAGCAAAUUGGCAUAAAGUUUCUCCUGAAGUGGCCUUUUACAUGUGUCAGUAACAUUACCUCAACCACUUCACAUUACAGUAUAUAAGAAUAUUUGCUACUUGUCCCCCAGCAUUUAUGUUAGAAGGAGGAUAUGGCUGGCCUUGAAGAAAGUUGAGGUUGAGAAGGAGAGAACGAAUACAAAGGGAUACUGAAGCGUUACUGACUCGCUGUGGUGCUACACUAGCUGUAAAUGAGUUUGGUGAUCUGGCACGGUGGUACAGGACACGUUUGGUUUGGCACUGCCAUGGGGCUGCCGUUGAGCCUGGGUACAGGUGAUCUGGACUCCCUCUCAGAGUGCAGACCUGCUGGUGCAGCCUGCUGGGGAGAGAGCCAACACUGUGCGCAGAGGAGCCACAUCACGGACCCAGGGCACAGCCUGUGUGUGUGUGUGUGUUUGCGCGUGCGUAUGUGCAUGUGUGCAUGCCAGGCUCCCUCUGCCAGCCUGACAGUAAAGGAGGAGGCUUGGCAGCCUACCUGAGUAAGCACAGAUGCCCGUCUGCACACUGAAGCCUGGACAUCAUCUCAAGGGUGAUGUCACCACUAAGACAAAGUCUCCCCUCUCUGUGAGGACAGCUGGCGCAACAGAGCCUCUUCAACCUCUGGAGGCUGAAGAAAUUUGGCUUGGCACCUAAAACCCUCACAAACUUUUACAGAUGCACAAUUGAGAGCAUCCUGUCAGGCUGUAUCACCGCCUGGUACGGCAACUGCACCGCCCGCAACUGCAGGGCUCUCCAGAGGGUGGUGCGGUCUGACGAACGCAUUACCGGGGGCAAACUACCCACCCUCCAAGACACCUACAGCACCCGAUGUCAAAGGAAGGCCAAAAAGAUCAUCAAGGACAUCAACCACCCGAGCCACUGCCUGUUCACCCCGCUAUCAUCCAGAAGGCGAGGUCAGUACAGGUGCAUCAAAGCUGGGACCGAGAGAAUGAAAAUCAGCUUGUAUCUCAAGGCCAUCAGACUGUUAAAUAGCCAUCACUAGCACAUUAGAGGCUGCUGCUGCCUAUUGAAAUCACUGGCCACUUUAAGAAAUGGAACACUAGUCACUUUAAUAAUUUUACAUAUCUUGCACUAUUCAUCUCAUAUGUAUAUACUGUAUUCUAUACUAUAAUAUUCUACUGUAUCUUAGUCCAGGCCGCUCUGUCAUUGCUUGUCCUUUAUAUGUAUAUAUUCUUAAAUUCCAUUCCUUGCUAGAUUUGUGUGUAUUGGGUAUAUGUUGUGAUAUGUUAGAUAUUACUUGUUAGAUAUAACUGCACUGUCGGAGCUAGAAGCACAAGCAUUUCGCUACACCCACAAUAACAUCUGCUAAACCCAUGUGUAUAUGUGACAAAUAACAUUUGAUUUGAUUUGAUUUGGUUUGAGGAGCUGGUGGCGUGGUGGCCUGACUGUUUUGUGCCACAAGGACCUUCACAGGAGAAACCACUCGCUUAUGGGAAUUGGUCCUCUGUAGCUCAAUUGGUAGAGCAUGGCGCUUGUAACGCCAGGGUAGUGGGUUCGAUCCCCGGGACCACCCAUACGUAAAAAUGUAUGCACACAUGACUGUAAGUCGCUUUGGAUAAAAGCGUCUGCUAAAUGGCAUAUUAUUAUUAUUAUUAUAAUUGGAGUCAUAGUAACCUAUACAAAGAGCUUGAUAAGUGACAAUAAUCACUCACAUCUCCCUGAUCAGAAUGAACGAACUGAUCCCAUAAGGGCACAUUGAUGUUUUAACAGCACAUUGAUAUUUGUCCACCUAUAAUUUGAUCUUCAAGUUUUAGUGUGUGGUCCAACCUUAUUAUGUGCUAUCCAGUACAAAAUGAUUCCUCCAAAGCAUCCACAUGACCUACCUGCCCACUGAAUUAGAGUAAGGAGAUAGGUCUGGACUCUGGAGCAGUGGUGCUGUGCAGCUGGUGAGUUGUGUGGCUGAGGUCAUGAUUCGCACACAGCAGAGUGUUUGUGCCUGUCCUCAGCAUGGAGCACUGCUCUCCCUCCAGAGCCACUGCUGGCCUCGGUUUAUGUGGCGGCUGGUUUUAUUUUAACAGAUGCGUAAUAUGUCACCAGGAGCUUGGGCACCCGCCACUGAGGCAGGGAGUUUCAGGAGGGAGGCAGGGAGGCAUGGUGGUGGUGGUGGUGGUGGUGGUGCGGGGGAGUAGAAAGGGUAGGGGAGUUGGGAGUGUGGAGUGAGGUAAGAUGCAGUGAUUAAAGAGGGGGGUUGUGUGUGUGUGUGUAAGGGGGUGGGUUAUUGCUCUUAUGUGUUCCCAGGCUCCACUGGCCUUAAACAGGUGUCAGCCUCUGCAGCGUUAGGCCCCUUCAGGUGUUCUCUCUCCCAGCCAUGAAUCUAUCUGAGCCACAGCUUGUGGGAAACUUCUCUCUUCAGAUGGGAGAGAGAAAAAGGAUGGAGGAGGAGUGUGUGGUGAAUGGUGAAUGAAUACCCAUUAUCCCCUACCCUGGCGUUGGUUGGAUUGCAAGUAGAAAAUGGUAAACAGAUCAAGCCAAAGAAUGGCGAGCUGAUUACCAUGACAGAGAGACGACCACACUGCUCUGUGUUCAGCCAAGCCAUUUGCCACCUGCUUUGUAAUUCAUUUUAGUGCCGUCAGAUCAGGGCGUGAAGCACUGGCUUACUCACAACGUUUGUUAUUAAUUCUGGGGAAGGAAAAAAACACUGAAGUGUGCAUCUCGAGGGGACGCGUGAGGACUUAUUUUCCAAAGGCUAUACAGUUGUGUGGGCCGAUCAUCAGAUGUGGCACGCAUUCCUCUCCAGGGAGACACUGACAUCCAAUGGAUCUGCUCAGCGUUUGACUCCUAACAGCCACUCUUGUUUGCAAAGCAGGGCAGGAACAGGAGGUCUGUCUUUGCUCAGAGCCUUAGUUGACUUGGGGUCUGAGAGGGACCUUCCAGCCCACAAGACAGGGGCUUAAGGGCCGUGUUACACCGAUCAUAUGCAUUCUUUAAUGCUCCCCAUAACAGCCUGAUUAAAACAUCACUGCCAAGUAUUGUGAGCUGUACCAGAUGCCAUCCUCUUAACUGGUGAAGCAUGUCACUUACUGCACUUUUCCAAAGUAAGGCGUAAAGCGUGUAGGAAGAUCGCGAUAGCUUUGUGCUUCGGAGAGAGUGAAGGAUGCUGCUGAGUUACCAUUUUAAAAAGAAGAAAUUAACACAACUGCAGCAACAGGAAAUGUGAAUUCUUAUGUGGAUUAUAAUUAAUGGACAUUUUUAUAGGGAUUGAUACAUUUUUCAUAAGGGAAAAUCAAGUCUGAAAUUUCAAAGUGGAAAUUUCAAAUUUCAGAAGCCUUUUUAAACCUCAAAUAAACUACAGGUUUUACAUUUCCUGCAUUGCAGGACAUUUCUCCUGCAACAGGGUGAUCAGGUUAAGAUCCUACAUCUGUAGUAUUGUAGGACGUGUAAUUUCUGAAUCCAAGUUGGAAGUGGCCCCCAUCAUAAGACCUGUAAAGCAAUACUGGUAACCCCAGAAAAGCAAACAAUGUUCCACAAAGAUGUUUGGAAGUGUCACUGUUUAAUUCGGAAUCCUAAAUGUUAGGCUUAAAUUGUACAUUUCUUACUCACUGAGAUGGCCUUGUGGUAAUUUUUCUUUGCAAAUUAAUUGGGGAUAUAAAUCUGUGGAUUAUGGUUUGGAUGGUAUUCAGUUGGCAGACAAGCCAAAGUUUCCAAAUAUGUACGAGAAUAUUUGAUUUAUAAUAGUUUGAUUAUUUGUAGUCUGACCUUUAAAGUGACUAGUCCUCUCAUGCUAUCUUUGUUGUGAAGAUGCUGUGACCAUAUCAAAUCAUUCAGUCAUAAGCACAUAACCGGUAUUAGCUGCUGAGCUCUACUUAGUGCAGCAUCUUGCCACAGGAUUUUACCCUCCCCUGUUAUUCAUGACUAGACAGAGGUCAUAAAGAGAAUAAAGGUUAACAGGAGUAGAAGCGGACGCCUUCCCCCAACUGAUGCCCUAGGCCUAGGUCAUCUUACAGGAUUUCAGGUCCAAUGUUUUUGUAAACCAUGGAGCUGAAUAGAGUUAAACUGAAAUAGGAAGGGCAAACGUGGAAUUGUUUUUAUUUGGAUUUCCACUCACUAAAUACAGCCUCAGGGUAUUCAACAUGGACGGAGAACUGUGGAGGUUGAGACAACCAACUGGGCAAAAACUGGUUAAAUCAAUGUUGUUUCCCCGUCAUUUCAACCCAAAAAAAUCAAUGUGAUGACAUUGAAUCGUGAAAAACUGAUUGGAUUUGCAGAAAGUUAUCGACACAUGGGCAUUACGUCUUCUUUUCCCCCAACUUUCAACCUAAAUCCAAUGACAUGGUGACAUGUUUUGUUGAUUUCACGUUGAAUUCACGUUAGUUGACAACUUAACUAAAUGUAAAUCAAAACUAGACGUUGAACUGACGUCUGUGCCCAGUGCGAAUGCUUUUCAACAUAAUCUACUCUUUGUAUCUUUGGAAAAUCCACGCCUUGAAUGACCAUUACUGUGUUCAGUGAACAGGUUACAUUUCAGGAGGGAAGAAAUCAAAUAAUAAGUUUAAGAACAAUGUCACAUUUGUUCAUUUUGUGCACUUUAUCAAUCACUUUCAAUAACUAUUUAGUAAAUAAGUAUAAAUAAAUGCAUUAACUAAUGGUAGCAACACAAUUACUUUUUAUAGUGUCAUUGUUAUGUAUGCUAAUCAGUCUAUUUCCCCCCUCUUUCUCCCUCUCUCUCUCUCUCUCUCUCCCUGUCUCUUUUCAGUGGAUGCAACUCUGCAGAUCUUAGACACUUUGAUUCAGUUCCCUGUACUUCCAGAUGUGCCAGACCUGGGUCAGUUCCCUACCAUCCCUGUCGUUCCUGACCAGGCCACCCCCUCCCUGGUGGAUGGUGAGCCCAUGCUGGCCAGUGGAGAACCUGACUUAUUCUCCUCUGCUGCCGUCACCAUCAAUCCAAAGCUGAGCUUCAUCAAUGGCAAACACGAGGUGACCCUGGAGCCAGAGAGAAUACGAGUAGAGGAGGAGGUUGGGAGGAGACCAGGAGGAGAUCAGUUCCAGUUUGAGGACAAUGUGACCGUGCUGGGGGGCAGCGACGAGGAGAUGACCCCCACCUCAUUUGAUUACUCUCUGAUAGAGAUUGAUAAUAUAACAGAUGAGACUGAUGUUCAGAAGGAGAUCUCUUUGGUGUCCACGGAGGAACCGUUCUCAACUUCCCCACGGCCUUUGUCAACGUCCACUCUCGAUACAUUUUUUGAUAACCAUGGCCCUGAGAUGGUUCAUGUGGAGUCAACGCCUCCUCUGUCACCCCCAGAGCAGGUUGAGGGAACCACACAAGGCCCUGCUGUAAAGACAGACGUGACUGCAACCUCUGCACCUGUCACAGCAAUUGUGGAAACCACUCCAUCCAAAACAGAGCAAACAGCUGAGGGUGUAUCAUCAUUUUCAGAAACCUCAGAGGGACUAAGUGACGUCAUAACUACAUCCACUGAAGCAGUGUCCACUGUUUCACCAUCUGGCACAGCAGUAACCAAAGCUUCAGAACAAACCCAAGCAUCUCAUACACCCACACCCCCUGAAGGAAGCAAGCAAGUCAGCACCUCUGUGUUUGACAAAGAGGUUGAGAGAUCAGCGACACAACCCGUGGAUGAUGACAAUAAUGCUGAGGUGACUCAGCCAGAAGGGUCUGUGGAAGAGCUCUCUCUCUCUCCCACAACAGAACUACACAUGUCCACAGGUGAGACUGAUAUUGCAUCUGCUGUUCCAGAUGUUGAAAUCUCCACUCAAAUCCCUUCACUGUCCAUCCCUACACCCACUUCUGGUGAUGUUGAAGAUGGAUCACCGCCAGCUACCACAGUUGUGAUCUCUACCACAGUUGGAUUUUUGACAAGCCAGAAAGAGGGAACAACAAUUAGCCAGCCUUCAGUGUCUCCCACAGUUAAAGACACUACUGCAACACAUAUGGUUUUCAUACCAGAGGAGGAGACUACAGGAGACCAAACUCCUGAUAUGUUCACAACCAGCUCUUCAUCAUCCAACACAGAACAGAUCUUGUUAGGAUCCACAACAACGUCACCAAGAACAAGCUCAACAGACACUACACAGCAAGCAACAAUGGAAAGUGAGGUAACAUCACUGACCAAAGACCAAACAGGCACAGAGAAACCAUCAGUUGUUCCUAUCAUUGAUGAGACUGAGACAACUUCAGCCUCCACAGAUGAAGAGAGUUCUGAGAGUCUGGCGAUAUCUCCAAUGUCCACCAAAGAAUUUUCUGCAACAACUGCCUCUCCAAUAUAUAGUACUAUUCAGAUGAUUAAGACAACCAUGGCAUCUCUCUCAGACUUAGUCAGCCGAUACACCACACAGGGCACAAUUCUGACAAGUGAGGUACCUAAACAAGAACAAGAGACCACAAGCAAAGAUACAUCUUCAGUUACCCCAAGUGUUAUGGAGGAGGAAAGUUCAGGUGACCCUGAUAUGUUUACUAGCACAUCUACUGCAUCACCUCUCUCUCCUCUUUAUAGUACAAUCAAAACAGAACAUGAUGUGACCACAACCACAACAGCAACCAGUGAGGCUACAGAGCAAACAGAGAAACCAUCAGCUACUCCGGUUAGUGAUGACACAAAGACUAGCACAGCCGUCACCUCUACAGAUGAAGAUGAGAUAACUCUGAUGUCCACUAAGGAGUCUAUUGUGACAACAGCAUCUCCUGUGUUCAGCACGGGCAAAAUGGAGGAUGAUAGAUCAACAUUAUCAUCAAGCAUUGAACCCAGUAAAAAAGUUGAUGUGUCACCAACAGUCUCACCUUCUGUGACUUUCAGCACAGCUGUUUCUAGUGGAGCUACAGUGGAUACUCAAGUGACUGAGGCAAGCUCAACCCUAUCCUCUACAGUGACCUCAGGUGACCAGACAAGUGAGAUUUACACCAAAGACACUGCAACUCCCACAGUUUCUUCUUUGUAUAGCACUGAGAAACCAGUAAUUACUACCACAGUGUCACAUGAAACAGCAGAGAGUGCAGUUACAGACCAGGCUGAGAAACUGGCAGGCUCAGAAAAACCUUUGUCUAUUCCUGUUACAGAGACAAGCUCAGUCCUCACCACAGAUGAAGAGAGCUCAGGUGAUCAGACUCCUGAUAUGUUCCCCAAUGAGUCUACAGCGACAAGUGGUCCUACAUUGUUCAGCACAAUCAAAACAGAGAUGGAGAUGACUACAACUAAGCGACCUGUAGGUAUAACAGUGGGAAGUGCUGCAAUUGAAGACACAUCCGUCACAGAAAAGCCCUCCACCAUCAGUGUAAUUGAUGAUACAGAGAUUAGCUCGGUCCUGUCUACAGAUGAAGAGAGCUCAGGUGACCAGACUCCUGAUAUGUUUACCAAAGAGCCUGUCACUGCAACUAUUUCUUUUGUUUAUAGUACAGUCAAACCAGAACAAAUGACAACCACUGAAAUGCCACAUGUAAUGACCACAACAGGAAAUAGUGAAGUUACAGGGCAGACUGAGAAACCAUUGGGCUCAGAAAAACCAUCAGUUACACCCAUUAUUAAUGAGGUGGUGACGAGCACAGUUAUCUCCUCUACAGACAAGGAGAGCUCAGUUGACCAGACAGGUGAUAAGUUCACCGUAGACUCUGCAACUACAACAACCACCACUUCUUCUCUGUUUAGUACUGAGACACCAGAAAAUGUAGAGACUACAGCAUCACAUGAAACUGCAGCAGGGGAGUCUCCACAGACUGCUACAACUACAGCUACUUCUCUGUAUAGCACUGAGAAACCCGGACAAUUAACUACUGCAUCACAUGAAACUGCAACACCUGACACUGAGACUGCUACUACUACAGUUUCGUCUGUAUAUAGCACGGAGAAAACAACGUCACAAGAAACUGCAACAGUGGAGACAGUCACAGAAGUCACAGAGAGGCCAACAAGCACAGAAAAACCUUCAGGUACCCCUGUUACUGUUUACACAGAGAGAACCUCAGACCUCUCCUCUACUGGUGAGGAGAGCGCAGAUGUCCAGACAACUGCAUCAGAACUUACCAUUACAGAUGAGGAAAGCUCAGGUGAUCAGAACCCUGAUAUGUUUACCAAAGACACUGCAACUACCACAGUGUCCUCUUUAUUCAGGACGGACGAAAUAGGACUUGUAGGGACUACAGCCUCGCAUGAAACUGCAUCCCAAGUAUCAUCUACGACUGCCGUGGUUACCCUGAUAGAUCAAACAUGGGAACCAAUGGGGACAUCAGCUACAGUGAUUGGCACCUCACAGGAAGCACUAACUGAAAUAACAGAAUUUGGACCGACUAGAGAAACACGAAGGACAUCAGGUCUUCCCAUGAUUGAUGAUACAGAGACAAGCUCAAUUCUUGAUAUGUUUACCAAAGAAACUGCAACCACCACAGUCUCCACUCUUUUCAGGACAGAGAAACCAGGACAUGUCAGAACGACAGCGUCACAUGAAUCUGCAACAGCUGAGACUUCAAAGACGGCUCUUACUGCAGCUUCAUCUCUAUAUGGCACAGACAAACCAGGACAAGUAACAGAAAAACCUUCAGUUACCCCAAUUACCGGUGACAUAGAGUCAAGUUCAGUCCUCACCUCUACAGAUGAAGAAAGCUCAAGUGACCAAACAACUGAGAUGUUUACCAAGACUUCCGUGACACCUACAUCUUCUAUGUACAGCAGAGAACCAACAAGUGUAGCUUCCAUUACUGUCACAUCAUCCACUUUGACAGACAUUGAAGAGGUGGACUAUGACGGUAGCGCAGAGCCUUCACACGUUAAGUCUAUACCUUCACCCACUCAAACUGCCACAAAACCUGAAGAAGAACCUACAAUCCUCAGCCCUGCACCUGAAACAAGUUCAGUCCUCACCACAGAAAAAGAGAGCUCAGGUGAUCAGACAUCUGAUAUGUUUACCAAAGACACGGCAACUAAAACAGUUUCUUCUCUGUUCAGCACUAAGAAUCCAAGACAAGUAGUGACUACAGCAUCUCGUGAAACUGCAACAGCUGAAACAUCAAAGAUUACAAUCACUUCAGCUUAUUCUCCGCAUAGCACUGAGAAGCCUACCACAGCGUCACAGGAAGCUGCAACAGCAGAGAGUGAAAAGACUUCUACAACUAUAGCAACUUCUCUGUUCAGCACUGAGAAGCCAGGACAUGUACCGACUUCAGUAUCACAGGAAACUGCAACAGCUGAGUCUAAAAUAACUGCUGCUGCUACUACAGGUUCUUCUCUACAUAGCACAGAGAAAACUGCUCAUGUUGAGACUACCAUCCUAGAAGAGGAGAGCUCAGGAGAUCAGACUCCUGAUAUGUUUACUACUCAGUCAGCUGCCACCCCUCUUUCUCCACUGUAUAGCACAGUCAGACCAGAAGAGCCAGAGUUGCCAUCAAGCUCAGAAAUGCCAUCAGUUGUUCCCAUUAUUGAUGAAACAGAGACACGCGCCGUCCUCACUUCAGAAGUGGAUGGAAUGUCAAGUGGUUCAACAAUUGAGAUGUUCACCAAGGAGUCUGAAUCAACAACUGCAUCCACAUCAGAGUCAGUUAGUACUUACACUACAUCAAGACCAACAGUAACCUCAAGUUCAAUCUUGACCCUUACAGAGGAAGAUGGUUCCGGUGACCAGGCCCCUGAUAUGUUUAGCAAGGUGCCAACCUCAACGAUUGAGUUUGUCAGUAGUUUUACCACUCCUUAUACAUUGACUGGACAGGUGACGGAACAAACCAGUGGAUCAACACAGGUUACCCACAGCACCUCUACACCCAUAGACAUGGAUGGAUUUGGAAACUCAACAACAGAGGGUGAGCAAAAGACAAGUCAAGCUGAAGGGUCAGGUGAAGAGGUACCAGUGGAGACCACCACUAAACCACAGGACCAGUUCACUGCAGCAACUGAUGAGACCGAAAUCAGAGAGACUGAGAGCACAUCUAAGACUCCAAGUGUUGAUUCUUCAAAAGUGUUCACACAGUCCCAGGAAUCCACAUCAACCCAAUCUCCUUCCAUGUCAAGCUCAGGUAAACCAACAGAGGCUUCCACAGCCUCUUUCACAGAGCAGGGUAGUGGUGACUUGACAAUAGACUCUACAGCUGAGGCUGAAGGGACAGAGGAGGAGAGUUCAGGUGAAGACAUCUCAGACGUGUCUACUAAGCAACCUGCAAGCACAACUGCUCCUCUCCUGUCUAGUCCAGCAACAACAAAGGAGGAAUUUACCACAUUGUCUGUCAGCAGUGACACCACCCUUGAAACAGCUGUUGAUGUUGAUGUAACUCUAUCAUCUGGCACAACUGCAGAGGUACCUAAGGUUAUUUCUAGCACAGCUCAGACCCCAGAAAGUGAGGUGACUCAAAGAGAAAAAAGCAGUACAGAGAAACUCUCAGUUGCUUUCAUUUCAGAUUUAACACUCACAGACGAUGAAAGCUCAGGUGACCAGACCUCUGCUAUAUUUAUCAAAGAGUCUGUUACGGCAACGGUUUCUUCUGUAUACAGCACAAUCAAAGCAGAACAAAUGACAUUCAUGACUAAAGUUUCUUCUCUGUUCAGCACUGAGAAGCCAAAACAAAUUGCGACCACAGUGUCACAGGAAACUGCAACAGCGGAGUUGAAAAUGACUGCUGCUGCUACUACAGGUUCUUCUCUACAUAGCACAGAGAAAACUGCUCAUGUUGAGACUACCAUCCUAGAAGAGGAGAGCUCAGGAGAUCAGACUCCUGAUAUGUUUACUACUCAGUCAGCUGCCACCCCUCUUUCUCCACUGUAUAGCACAGUCAGACCAGAACAGCCAGAGUUGCCAUCAAGCUCAGAAAUGCCAUCAGUUGUUCCCAUUAUUGAUGAAACAGAGACACGCGCCGUCCUCACUUCAGAAGUGGAUGGAAUGUCAAGUGGUUCAACAAUUGAGAUGUUCACCAAGGAGUCUGAAUCAACAACUGCAUCCACAUCAGAGUCAGUUAGUACUUACACUACAUCAAGACCAACAGUAACCUCAAGUUCAAUCUUGACCCUUACAGAGGAAGAUGGUUCCGGUGACCAGGCCCCUGAUAUGUUUAGCAAGGUGCCAACCUCAACGAUUGAGUUUGUCAGUAGUUUUACCACUCCUUAUACAUUGACUGGACAGGUGACGGAACAAACCAGUGGAUCAACACAGGUUACCCACAGCACCUCUACACCCAUAGACAUGGAUGGAUUUGGAAACUCAACAACAGAGGGUGAGCAAAAGACAAGUCAAGCUGAAGGGUCAGGUGAGGAGGUACCAGUGGAGACCACCACUAAACCACAGGACCAGUUCACUGUAGCAACCGAUGAGACCGAAAUCAGAGAGACUGAGAGCACAUCUGAGACUCCAUGUGUUGAUUCUUCAAAAGUGUUCACACAGUCCCAGGAAUCCACAUCAACCCAAUCUCCUUCCAUGUCAAGCUCAGGUAAACCAACAGAGGCUUCCACAGCCUCUUUCACAGAGCAGGGUAGUGGUGACUUGACAAUAGACUCUACAGCUGAGGCUGAAGGGACAGAGGAGGAGAGUUCAGGUGAAGACAUCUCAGACGUGUCUACUAAGCAACCUGCAAGCACAACUGCUCCUCUCCUGUCUAGUCCAGCAACAACAAAGGAAGAAUUUACCACAUUGUCUGUCAGCAGUGACACCACCCUUGAAACAGCUGUUGAUGUUGAUGUAACUCUAUCAUCUGGCACAACUGCAGAGGUACCUAAGGUUAUUUCUAGCACAGCUCAGACCCCAGAAAGUGAGGUGACAGAAAGAGAAAAAAGCAGUACAGAGAAACUCUCAGUUGCUUUCAUUUCAGAUUUAACACUCACAGACGAUGAAAGCUCAGGUGACCAGACCCCUGAUAUAUUUACCAAAGAGUCUGUUACGGCAACGGUUUCUUCUGUAUACAGCACAAUCAAAGCAGAACAAAUGACAUUCAUGACUAAAGUUUCUUCUCUGUUCAGCACUGAAAAGCCAAAACAAAUAGCGACCACAGUGUCACAGGACACUGCAACAGCGGAGUUGAAAAUAACUGCUGCUGCUACUACAGGUUCUUCUCUACAUAGCACAGAGAAAACUGCUCAUUUUGAGACUACCAUCCUAGAAGAGGAGAGCUCAGGAGAUCAGACUCCUGAUAUGUUUACUACUCAGUCAGCUGCCACCCCUCUUUCUCCACUGUAUAGCACAGUCAGACCAGAAGAGCCAGAGUUGCCAUCAAGCUCAGAAAUGCCAUCAGUUGUUCCCAUUAUUGAUGAAACAGAGACACGCGCCGUCCUCACUUCAGUAGUGGAUGGAAUGUCAAGUGGUUCAACUAUUGAGAUGUUCAUCAAGGAGUCUGAUGCAACAACUGCAUCCACAUCAGAGUCAGUUAGUACUUACACUACAUCAAGACCAACAGUAACCUCAAGUUCAAUCUUGACCCUUACAGAGGAAGAUGGUUCCGGUGACCAGGCCCCUGAUAUGUAUAGCAAGGUGCCAACCUCAACGAUUGAGUUUGUCAGUAGUUCUACCACUCCAUAUACAUUGACUGGACAGGUGACGGAACAAACCAGUGGAUCAACACAGGUUACCCACAGCACCUCUACACCCAUAGACAUGGAUGGAUUUGGAAACUCAACAACAGAGGGUGAGCAAAAGACAAGUCAAGCUGAAGGGUCAGGUGAAGAGGUACCAGUGGAGACCACCACUAAACCACAGGACCAGUUCACUGCAGCAACUGAUGAGACCGAAAUCAGAGAGACUGAGAGCACAUCUAAGACUCCAAGUGUUGAUUCUUCAAAAGUGUUCACACAGUCCCAGGAAUCCACAUCAACCCAAUCUCCUUCCAUGUCAAGCUCAGGUAAACCAACAGAGGCUUCCACAGCCUCUUUCACAGAGCAGGGUAGUGGUGACUUGACAAUAGACUCUACAGCUGAGGCUGAAGGGACAGAGGAGGAGAGUUCAGGUGAAGACAUCUCAGACGUGUCUACUAAGCAACCUGCAAGCACAACUGCUCCUCUCCUGUCUAGUCCAGCAACAACAAAGGAGGAAUUUACCACAUUGUCUGUCAGCAGUGACACCACCCUUGAAACAGCUGUUGAUGUUGAUGUAACUCUAUCAUCUGGCACAACUGCAGAGGUACCUAAGGUUAUUUCUAGCACAGCUCAGACCCCAGAAAGUGAGGUGACUCAAAGAGAAAAAAGCAGUACAGAGAAACUCCCAGUUGCUUUCAUUUCAGAUUUAACACUCACAGACGAUGAAAGCUCAGGUGACCAGACCUCUGCUAUAUUUAUCAAAGAGUCUGUUACGGCAACGGUUUCUUCUGUAUACAGCACAAUCAAAGCAGAACAAAUGACAUUCAUGACUAAAGUUUCUUCUCUGUUCAGCACUGAGAAGCCAAAACAAAGAGCGACCACAGUGUCACAGGACACUGCAACAGCGGAGUUGAAAAUGACUGCUGCUGCUACUACAGGUUCUUCUCUACAUAGCACAGAGAAAACUGCUCAUUUUGAGACUACCAUCCUAGAAGAGGAGAGCUCAGGAGAUCAGACUCCUGAUAUGUUUACUACUCAGUCAGCUGCCACCCCUCUUUCUCCACUGUAUAGCACAGUCAGACCAGAAGAGCCAGAGUUGCCAUCAAGCUCAGAAAUGCCAUCAGUUGUUCCCAUUAUUGAUGAAACAGAGACACGCGCCGUCCUCACUUCAGAAGUGGAUGGAAUGUCAAGUGGUUCAACAAUUGAAAUGUUCAUCAAGGAGUCUGAUGCAACAACUGCAUCCACAUCAGAGUCAGUUAGUACUUACACUACAUCAAGACCAACAGUAACCUCAAGUUCAAUCUUGACCCUUACAGAGGAAGAUGGUUCCGGUGACCAGGCCCCUGAUAUGUUUAGCAAGGUGCCAACCUCAACAAUUGAGUUUGUCAGUAGUUCUACCACUCCUUAUACAUUGACUGGACAGGUGACGGAACAAACCAGUGGAUCAACACAGGUUACCCACAGGACCUCUACACCCAUAGACAUGGAGGGAUUUGGAAUCUCAACAACAGAGGAUGACAUGGAUGGAUUUGGAAACUCAACAACAGAGGGUGAGCAAAAGACAAGUCAAGCUGAAGGGUUUGUUGAGGAGGUACCAGUGGAGACCACCACUAAACCACAGGACCAGUUCACUGCAGCAACUGAUGAGACCGAAAUCAGAGAGACUGAGAGCACAUCUAAGACUCCAAGUGUUGAUUCUUCAAAAGUGUUCACACAGUCCCAGGAAUCCACAUCAACCCAAUCUCAUCUCUCCACUAGCACAGCUGAGACAAUAGAAUCAUCCAGUGCUUCAUUGUCUGAGCAAGGAAGUGGAGACUUCACAGAACCGUCUAGUUCAGAAAGUGAGGCCACAGAGGAUGAGAGUUCAGGUGAUGACACAUCUGCUGUUACAACAGCCCCACUGCAAACUACAUCAUCUUCAACAGACUCAGUGUUUACAAAAUCAGUAAGCACUGAGGUAACUGAUGGAACCAAGGGGGUUGAACAGACAGAAGAACCAACAGGCACCGAGGGAUCUUCAGAUGGCCCUGUCUCUAGUGUGACAUCCUCAAUGGUCACAUUCAAAGACGAGGAGAGCUCUGGCGACCUGACACCUGAUAUGUGUACCAAGGAAUCUACUACAGCAUCAUCACUAGGGUCAGAAGCUGUUAUGACCACAUCUUCUUCCUCAGUCAUCAGCAGUGACCAAUUCCAAUUCACAACUUUAGGAACAGUCAUCACACCCACAGAAGAAAUAGAUGAAACACACAUAGACACUCCCACUGUAGCAGUUGAAACUUUGGAGCAUUCUGUGGACCAAACAACUGGACUAGCAAGCACAUCAAAACCAUUUGUCACUUCCUUCACUUACGUAGACAUGGGGGGCUCGGGAAUCUCACCAACAGAUGAUGACCAGGAGACAAGUCAAGCUGAAGGGUCAGGUGAAGAGGUACCAGUGGAGACUACCACUAAACCACAGGACCAGUUCACUGUAGCCACAGAUGAGACCGAAAUCAGAGAGACUGAGAGCGCAUCUAAGACUCCAAGUGUUGAUUCUUCAAAAGUGUUCACACAGUCCCAGGAAUCCACAUCAACCCAAUCUCCUUCCAUGUCAAGCUCAGGUAAACCAACAGAGGCUUCCACGGCCUCUUUCACAGAGCAGGGUAGUGGUGACUUGACAAUAGACUCUACAGCUGAGGCUGAAGGGACAGAGGAGGAGAGUUCAGGUGAAGACAUCUCAGACGUGUCUACUAAGCAACCUGCAAGCACAACUGCUCCUCUCCUGUCUAGUCCAGCAACAACAAAGGAGGAAUUUACCACAUUGUCUGUCAGCAGUGACACCACCCUUGAAACAGCUGUUGAUGUUGAUGUAACUCUAUCAUCUGGCACAACUGCAGAGGUACCUAAGGUUAUAUCUAGCACAGCUCAGACCCCAGAAAGUGAGGUGACAGAACGAGAAAAAAGCAGUACAGAGAAACUCUCAGUUGCUUUCAUUUCAGAUUUAACACUCACAGACGAUGAAAACUCAGGUGACCAGACCUCUGAUAUAUUUAUCAAAGAGUCUGUUACGGCAACGGUUUCUUCUGUAUACAGCACAAUCAAAGCAGAACAAAUGACAUUCAUGACUAAAGUUUCUUCUCUGUUCAGCACUGAGAAGCCAAAACAAAUAGCGACCACAGUGUCACAGGACACGGCAACAGCGGAGUUGAAAAUAACUGCUGCUGCUACUACAGGUUCUUCUCUACAUAGCACAGAGAAAACUGCUCAUUUUGAGACUACCAUCCUAGAAGAGGAGAGCUCAGGAGAUCAGACUCCUGAUAUGUUUACUACUCAGUCAGCUGCCACCCCUCUUUCUCCACUGUAUAGCACAGUCAGACCAGAACAGCCAGAGGCACCAUCAAGGUCAGAAAUGACAUCAGUUGUUCACAUCAUUGAUGAAACAGAGACAAGCACCAUCCUCACUUCAGAAGAGGAUACAACCUCAAGUAGUGCAACAAUUGAGAUGUUCACCAAGGAGCCUGUUGCAACAACUGCAUCCCCAUCAGAGUCAGUUAGUACUUACACUACAUCAAGACCAACAGUAACCUCAAGUUCAAUCUUGACCCUUACAGAGGAAGAUGGUUCCGGUGACCAGGCCCCUGAUAUGUUUAGCAAGGUGCCAACCUCAACGAUUGAGUUUGUCAGUAGUUUUACCACUCCUUAUACAUUGACUGGACAGGUGACGGAACAAACCAGGGGAUCAACACAGGUUACCCACAGCACCUCUACACCCAUAGACAUGGAGGGAUUUGGAAUCUCAACAACAGAGGAUGACAUGGAUGGAUUUGGAAACUCAACAACAGAGGGUGAGCAAAAGACAAGUCAAGCUGAAGGGUUUGUUGAGGAGGUACCAGUGGAGACCACCACUAAACCACAGGACCAGUUCACUGCAGCAACUGAUGAGACCGAAAUCAGAGAGACUGAGAGCACAUCUAAGACUCCAAGUGUUGAUUCUUCAAAAGUGUUCACACAGUCCCAGGAAUCCACAUCAACCCAAUCUCAUCUCUCCACUAGCACAGCUGAGAAAAUAGAAUCAUCCAGUGCUUCAUUGUCUGAGCAAGGAAGUGGAGACUUCACAGAACCGUCUAGUUCAGAAAGUGAGGCCACAGAGGAUGAGAGUUCAGGUGAUGACACAUCUGCUGUUACAACAGCCCCACUGCAAACUACAUCAUCUUCAACAGACUCAGUGUUUACAAAAUCAGUAAGCACUGAGGUAACUGAUGGAACCAAGGGGGUUGAACAGACAGAAGAAUCAACAGGCACCGAGGGAUCUUCAGAUGGCCCUGUCUCUAGUGUGACAUCCUCAAUGGUCACAUUCAAAGACGAGGAGAGCUCUGGCGACCUGACACCUGAUAUGUGUACCAAGGAAUCUACUACAGCAUCAUCACUAGGGUCAGAAGCUGUUAUGACCACAUCUUCUUCCUCAGUCAUCAGCAGUGACCAAUUCCAAUUCACAACUUUAGGAAUAGUCAUCACACCCACAGAAGAAAUAGAUGAAACACACGUAGACACUCCCACUGUAGCAGUUGAAACUUUGGAGCAUUCUGUGGACCAAACAACUGGACUAGCAAGCACAUCAAAACCAUUUGUCACUUCCUUCACUUACGUAGACAUGGGGGGCUCGGGAAUCUCACCAACAGAUGAUGACCAGGAGACAAGUCAAGCUGAAGGGUCAGGUGAAGAGGUACCAGUGGAGACCACCACUAAACCACAGGACCAGUUCACUGUAGCAACCGAUGAGACCGAAAUCAGAGAGACUGAGAGCACAUCUGAUUCUCCAAGUGUUGAAUCUUCAACAAAAGAGUUCACACAGUCCCAGGAAUCCAAAUCAAUCCAAUCUCAUUCCAUGUCAAGCACAGUUAAACCAGUAGAGGCUUCCACAGCCUCUUUCACAGAGCAGGGUAGUGGUGACUUGACAAUAGACUCUACAGCUGAGGCUGAAGGGACAGAGGAGGAGAGUUCAGGUGAAGACAUCUCAGACGUGUCUACUAAGCAACCUGCAAGCACAACUGCUCCUCUCCUGUCUAGUCCAGCAACAACAAAGGAGGAAUUUACCACAUUGUCUGUCAGCAGUGACACCACUCUUGAAACAGCUGUUGAUGUUGAUGUAACUCUAUCAUCUGGCACAACUGCAGAGGUACCUAAGGUUAUUUCUAGCACAGCUCAGACCCCAGAAAGUGAGGUGACAGAAAGAGAAAAAAGCAGUACAGAGAAACUCUCAGUUGCUUUCAUUUCAGAUUUAACACUCACAGACGAUGAAAGCUCAGGUGACCAGACCCUUGAUAUAUUUACCAAAGAGUCUGUUACGGCAACGGUUUCUUCUGUAUACAGCACAAUCAAAGCAGAACAAAUGACAUUCAUGACUAACGUUUCUUCUCUGUUCAGCACUGAGAAGCCAAAACAAAUAGCGACCACAGUGUCACAGGACACUGCAACAGCGGAGUUGAAAAUAACUGCUGCUGCUACUACAGGUUCUUCUCUACAUAGCACAGAGAAAACUGCUCAUUUUGAGACUACCAUCCUAGAAGAGGAGAGCUCAGGAGAUCAGACUCCUGAUAUGUUUACUACUCAGUCAGCUGCCACCCCUCUUUCUCCACUGUAUAGCACAGUCAGACCAGAAGAGCCAGAGUUGCCAUCAAGCUCAGAAAUGCCAUCAGUUGUUCCCAUUAUUGAUGAAACAGAGACACGCGCCGUCCUCACUUCAGAAGUGGAUGGAAUGUCAAGUGGUUCAACAAUUGAGAUGUUCACCAAGGAGUCUGAAUCAACAACUGCAUCCACAUCAGAGUCAGUUAGUACUUACGCUACAUCAAGACCAACAGUAACCUCAAGUUCAAUCUUGACCCUUACAGAGGAAGAUGGUUCCGGUGACCAGGCCCCUGAUAUGUUUAGCAAGGUGCCAACCUCAACGAUUGAGUUUGUCAGUAGUUCUACCACUCCUUAUACAUUGACUGGACAGGUGACGGAACAAACCAGUGGAUCAACACAGGUUACCCACAGCACCUCUACACCCAUAGACAUGGAUGGAUUUGGAAACUCAACAACAGAGGGUGAGCAAAAGACAAGUCAAGCUGAAGGGUCAGUUGAGGAGGUACCAGUGGAGACCACCACUAAACCACAGGACCAGUUCACUGCAGCAACUGAUGAGACCGAAAUCAGAGAGACUGAGAGCACAUCUAAGACUCCAAGUGUUGAUUCUUCAAAAGUGUUCACACAGUCCCAGGAAUCCACAUCAACCCAAUCUCAUCUCUCCACUAGCACAGCUGAGACAAUAGAAUCAUCCAGUGCUUCAUUGUCUGAGCAAGGAAGUGGAGACUUCACAGAACCGUCUAGUUCAGAAAGUGAGGCCACAGAGGAUGAGAGUUCAGGUGAUGACACAUCUGCUGUUACAACAGCCCCACUGCAAACUACAUCAUCUUCAACAGACUCAGUGUUUACAAAAUCAGUAAGCACUGAGGUAACUGAUGGAACCAAGGGGGUUGAACAGACAGAAGAACCAACAGGCACCGAGGGAUCUUCAGAUGGCCCUGUCUCUAGUGUGACAUCCUCAAUGGUCACAUUCAAAGACGAGGAGAGCUCUGGCGACCUGACACAUGAUAUGUUUACCAAGGAAUCUACUACAGCAUCAUCACUAGGGUCAGAAGCUGUUAUGACCACAUCUUCUUCCUCAGUCAUCAGCAGUGACCAAUUCCAAUUCACAACUUUAGGAACAGUCAUCACACCCACAGAAGAAAUAGAUGAAACACACAUAGACACUCCCACUGUAGCAGUUGAAACUUUGGAGCAUUCUGUGGACCAAACAACUGGACUAGCAAGCACAUCAAAACCAUUUGUCACUUCCUUCACUUACGUAGACAUGGGGGGCUCGGGAAUCUCACCAACAGAUGAUGACCAGGAGACAAGUCAAGCUGAAGGGUCAGGUGAAGAGGUACCAGUGGAGACUACCACUAAACCACAGGACCAGUUCACUGUUGCCACAGAUGAGACUGAAAUCAGAGAGACUGAGAGCACAUCUAAGACUCCAAGUGUUGAUUCUUCAAAAGUGUUCACACAGUCCCAGGAAUCCACAUCAACCCAAUCUCAUCUCUCCACUAGCACAGCUGAGACAAUAGAAUCAUCCAGUGCUUCAUUGUCUGAGCAAGGAAGUGGAGACUUCACAGAACCGUCUAGUUCAGAAAGUGAGGCCACAGAGGAUGAGAGUUCAGGUGAUGACACAUCUGCUGUUACAACAGCCCCACUGCAAACUACAUCAUCUUCAACAGACUCAGUGUUUACAAAAUCAGUAAGCACUGAGGUAACUGAUGGAACCAAGGGGGUUGAACAGACAGAAGAACCAACAGGCACCGAGGGAUCUACAGAUGGCCCUGUCUCUAGUGUGACAUCCUCAAUGGUCACAUUCAAAGACGAGGAGAGCUCUGGCGACCUGACACCUGAUAUGUUUACCAAGGAAUCUACUACAGCAUCAUCACUAGGGUCAGAAGCUGUUAUGACCACAUCUUCUUCCUCAGUCAUCAGCAGUGACCAAUUCCAAUUCACAACUUUAGGAACAGUCAUCACACCCACAGAAGAAAUAGAUGAAACACACAUAGACACUCCCACUGUAGCAGUUGAAACUUUGGAGCAUUCUGUGGACCAAACAACUGGACUAGCAAGCACAUCAAAACCAUUUGUCACUUCCUUCACUUACGUAGACAUGGGGGGCUCGGGAAUCUCACCAACAGAUGAUGACCAGGAGACAAGUCAAGCUGAAGGGUCAGGUGAAGAGGUACCAGUGGAGACCACCACUAAACCACAGGACCAGUUCACUGUAGCCACAGAUGAGACUGAAAUCAGAGAGACUGAGAGCACAUCUAAGACUCCAAGUGUUGAUUCUUCAAAAGUGUUCACACAGUCCCAGGAAUCCACAUCAACCCAAUCUCCUUCCAUGUCAAGCUCAGGUAAACCAACAGAGGCUUCCACAGCCUCUUUCACAGAGCAGGGUAGUGGUGACUUGACAAUAGACUCUACAGCUGAGGCUGAAGGGACAGAGGAGGAGAGUUCAGGUGAAGACAUCUCAGACGUGUCUACUAAGCAACCUGCAAGCACAACUGCUCCUCUCCUGUCUAGUCCAGCAACAACAAAGGAAGAAUUUACCACAUUGUCUGUCAGCAGUGACACCACCCUUGAAACAGCUGUUGAUGUUGAUGUAACUCUAUCAUCUGGCACAACUGCAGAGGUACCUAAGGUUAUUUCUAGCACAGCUCAGACCCCAGAAAUUGAGGUGACAGAAAGAGAAAAAAGCAGUACAGAGAAACUCUCAGUUGCUUUCAUUUCAGAUUUAACACUCACAGACGAUGAAAGCUCAGGUGACCAGACCCCUGAUAUAUGUACCAAAGAGUAUUUUACUGCAACGGUUUCUCCUGUAUACAGCACAAUCAAAGCAGAACAAAUGACAUUCAUGACUAAAGUUUCUUCUCUGUUCAGCACUGAGAAGCCAAAACAAAUAGCGACCACAGUGUCACAGGACACGGCAACAGCGGAGUUGAAAAUAACUGCUGCUGCUACUACAGGUUCUUCUCUACAUAGCACAGAGAAAACUGCUCAUUUUGAGACUACCAUCCUAGAAGAGGAGAGCUCAGGAGAUCAGACUCCUGAUAUGUUUACUACUCAGUCAGCUGCCACCCCUCUUUCUCCACUGUAUAGCACAGUCAGACCAGAAGAGCCGGAGUUGCCAUCAAGCUCAGAAAUGCCAUCAGUUGUUCCCAUUAUUGAUGAAACAGAGACACGCGCCGUCCUCACUUCAGAAGUGGAUGGAAUGUCAAGUGGUUCAACUAUUGAGAUGUUCACCAAGGAGCCUGUUGCAACAACUGCAUCCCCAUCAGAGUCAGUUAGUACUUACACUACAUCAAGACCAACAGUAACCUCAAGUUCAAUCUUGACCCUUACAGAGGAAGAUGGUUCUGGUGAUCAGGCUCCUGAUAUGUUUAGCAAGGUGCCAACCUCAACGUUUGAGUUUGUCAGUAGUUCUACCACUCCUUAUACAUUGACUGGACAGGUGACGGAACAAACCAGUGGAUCAACACAGGUUACCCACAGCACCUCUACACCCAUAGACAUGGAGGGAUUUGGAAUCUCAACAACAGAGGAUGACAUGGAUGGAUUUGGAAACUCAACAACAGUGGGUGAGCAAAAGACAAGUCAAGCUGAAGGGUUUGUUGAGGAGGUACCAGUGGAGACCACCACUAAACCACAGGACCAGUUCACUGCAGCAACUGAUGAGACUGAAAUCAGAGAGACUGAGAGCACAUCUAAGACUCCAAGUGUUGAUUCUUCAAAAGUGUUCACACAGUCCCAGGAAUCCACAUCAACCCAAUCUCAUCUCUCCACUAGCACAGCUGAGACAAUAGAAUCAUCCAGUGCUUCAUUGUCUGAGCAAGGAAGUGGAGACUUCACAGAACCGUCUAGUUCAGAAAGUGAGGCCACAGAGGAUGAGAGUUCAGGUGAUGACACAUCUGCUGUUACAACAGCCCCACUGCAAACUACAUCAUCUUCAACAGACUCAGUGUUUACAAAAUCAGUAAGCACUGAGGUAACUGAUGGAACCAAGGGGGUUGAACAGACAGAAGAACCAACAGGCAACGAGGGAUCUUCAGAUGGCCCUGUCUCUAGUGUGACAUCCUCAAUGGUCACAUUCAAAGACGAGGAGAGCUCUGGCGACCUGACACCUGAUAUGUUUACCAAGGAAUCUACUACAGCAUCAUCACUAGGGUCAGAAGCUGUUAUGACCACAUCUUCUUCCUCAGUCAUCAGCAGUGACCAAUUCCAAUUCACAACUUUAGGAACAGUCAUCACACCCACAGAAGAAAUAGAUGAAACACAUAUAGACACUCCCACUGUAGCAGUUGAAACAUUGGAGCAUUCUGUGGACCAAACAACUGGACUAGCAAGCACAUCAAAACCAUUUGUCACUUCCUUCACUUACGUAGACAUGGGGGGCUCGGGAAUCUCACCAACAGAUGAUGACCAGGAGACAAGUCAAGCUGAAGGGUCAGGUGAAGAGGUACCAGUGGAGACCACCACUAAACCACAGGACCAGUUCACUGUAGCAACCGAUGAGACCGAAAUCAGAGAGACUGAGAGCACAUCUGAUUCUCCAAGUGUUGAAUCUUCAAUAAAAGAGUUCACACAGUCCCAGGAAUCCAAAUCAAUCCAAUCUCAUUCCAUGUCAAGCACAGUUAAACCAACAGAGGCUUCCACAGCCUCUUUCACAGAGCAGGGUAGUGGUGACUUGACAAUAGACUCUACAGCUGAGGCUGAAGGGACAGAGGAGGAGAGUUCAGGUGAAGACAUCUCAGACGUGUCUACUAAGCAACCUGCAAGUACAACUGCUCCUCUCCUGUCUAGUCCAGCAACAACAAAGGAAGAAUUUACCACAUUGUCUGUCAGCAGUGACACCACUCUUGAAACAGCUGUUGAUGUUGAUGUAACUCUAUCAUCUGGCACAACUGCAGAGGUACCUAAGGUUAUUUCUAGCACAGCUCAGACCCCAGAAAGUGAAGUGACAGAAAAAGCAACAAACAGCACGGAGAAAUCCUUAGUUGCUUUCAUUUCAGAUAUAACACUCACAGACGAUGAAAGCUCAGGUGCCCAGACCCCUGAUAUGUUUACCAAAGAGUCUGUUACUGCAAUGGUUUCUUCUGUAUACAUCACAGUCAAAGCAGAACAAAUGACAUCCACGACUAAAGUUUCUUCUCUGUUCAGCACCAAGACACCAAGACCGGUAAUGACUACAGCAUCACAUGAAACUGCAACAGCUGAGACAUCAAAACUUACAAUCACUGCAGCUUCUUCUCUAUAUAGCACUGAGAAACCUAUGACAAUGUCAGAAGGAACUGCAACAGCAGAGAGUGAAAAGACUGCCACAACUACAGCAACUUCUCUGUUCAGCACUGAUAAACCAGGACAAAUUGUGACGACAGCGUCACAUGAAACUGCAACAGCUGAGAAUGCAAGAAGUGCUACAACUUCAGCUUCUUCUUUGUAUAGUAUUGAGAAACCAUCAGUUGCUUCCAUUUCAGAUUUAACCUCCACAGAUGAAGAGAGCUCUGGGGACCAGACCCCCGAUAUGUUUAAAAUAGAGUCUGCCACUGCAAUUGUUUCUUCAUUGUACAGCACUGUGAAAGCAGUGACAACCACAACAAUGCCACAUGUAAAGACCACAGGAGAGAGCAAAGUUACAAAAGAAACAGAGAAAACAUCAGGCACAGAACAACUUGUUGUUACCGUCACUGUUACACCAUCCACUUUGCCAGAUAUUGAAGACGUGGUGGACUAUGACGAUAGUGCAGGGCCUUCACUGGUUCAAUCUAUAUCUUCUUCACCCACUCAAACUACCACAAAACCUGAAAGAGAACCUACCAUAGUCAGUGUUGCUCCUGACCCAGAUGACGAGAGCUCAGGUGAUCAGACCUCUGACAUGUUCACCAAAGAGUCUGUCACUGCGACAGUGUCCUCUCUUUUCAGUACUGUCAAAACAGAACAGGUAUUGACCACAGCAAUGUCAACAACAGCACAAGAUUCUCAGUCUUCCAAGUCACCUCACUCUGACUACACUAGUCCCAAGACAUCUGGUGUCGAUGAGGAAACCAAACGGAUGUCAUUCACAACCACACAACAACCAUCAACAGUGAGAGAUACAUUCAGUGAGGCAACAGGCCAAACAGAAUCCAUUGUGACAAGCACACCAGGCCCAGAUGACAAGGGUCAUGUCAGCCCAGAUACAGAAACCACCGUCAGUCCAGAUGUUACACAGCCCCCUGUUACUGUGAGUGAUCGCACAACUAUGAGUGACCGUACAACACACCGAUUCCAUAUAACCGAAAGAGACCAUACUACGACAAGAGCCCAUACAACAGUGGGUGAUCAUUCAUCUGAUGGAGACCACACAGUAGCAAGAGACCACACAACUGUCAGAGACCAUACAACAGUGCCUUUUAGAUCACAGUCAUCCACAGUCACUGCUCUCCCCUCUAUUAUCUACCAGGGUGUUACUGACCAGCAGGUUAUGAUAGUCACCUCAACAAGCAGCCAAACCAAGACUGACCAGACCCCCACCAUGGUGCUGCACGGUACGAAACCAUCGACAAGCACAGUUAUCAUAUUUACAGAGGAGGCCGGAGAUGAGGACACACUGUUCUCCACUGACACAGACAGCAUGACCACAACCCCUGAGAUUAUCACUAAAGAUGAAACCAUCAUUGACGCUGAUACUGUGGCAAUGGUUGACCUCUCCUCACCGCUCUACCCCACCAUCGUUACAGAGGAAGCAGGGGGAGUCACAGCCAUUACCAUGACACCACAGUCCUCAAUUGCAAUGACAGAGGAACCUGAAGGGUCUGGGACAGAUGUCUAUUUGUCUUCCACAAUUGACUCACUGAGUCUGGCUACAACACAAAUCCCAUCAGUCACCUCUGUAGAUAUAUCUGCAGAGGCAAGUGCUGAGACAACAAGCAGGUCUGCAGAAGUUAAACAUUCAGAGACUGUGAGAACGACCACCUUGUCAUCUGUAGGGGAUGUUUUUAGUGAGGCGUCUACUUCAGUGGUUGUGUCCUCUAAAGCUCAAACCACCCAAGCCAGAGCACUGUCCACGGAGUCCAGCUCUCAGACGGCCUUCACCACACCAUAUGUGUUUGUUGAUGAGUUCUCCGGAGAUGAUGUCACUGGUGAGGAGUCUGAUGCAGAGCCUACUCCUUCUGCCCCUGUAUCAACCCAAGCAUCAACUCUCCCCAUAGAUACAAGCUCACAGACCACAGUUAGCAGUGAGGAAGAUGAAUUCCCGACAGAUGCAAUGGAAUUAUCCACCACCCCUUCUCCUACUACUGUUAAAGCUACAGUAGAAGACACAUCUGAUGAGGAUUCUGAAAUGGAGACCACAACAACUUUAUCUAAUUCCACCCAAGCCACCAAGCUGUCUGCCACUACUACACAGAAUAUGCCAGUGUCCACUGAGGAAGACAAAGAGACUGUGAAACCAACCAGCCCAUUGCCUGUUGAUGAGUCUUCAGGAGAUGACGACUCUGAAGGCUCUGGAUCUGAGACCUUCACCUCUGUAGUGGAGCCCUCCCAAACCACAACCCCCACCCCAGAAACAAGCUCAACAUCUGCUAAGCAGGGUGAAGCGAUAGAGAUUACCACUCUAGUACCUUCAUCCUUAGAGGAGGGCAUCUCUGGGGAUGACAUGAAGACUUCGACUCCCAAACCCUUUGAAGCCACAUCCUCCCUGUAUAGCAAAGAUAAACCAUUGGUUGCUUCUAUUUCGGAGUUAACCUCCACAGAUGAAGAAAUCUCUGGUGACCCAACCCCUGAAACGUUUACCAAAGAGUCUGUUAUUGUAAAUGAACAAAUGACAUCCACAACUACAGUUUCUUCUCUGUUCAGCACUGAGAAACCAGGACAAGUAACAACAACGUCACAUGAAACUGUGACAGAUGAGACUGCAAGGACUGCUACAACUUCAGCUUCUUCUCUGUACAGCACUGAGAAACCUUCACUUGCUUCAAUUUCAGAUAUAACCUCCACAGACGAAGAGAGCUCUGGUGACCAGACCACUGAUAUGUUUCCCAAAGCGUCUAAAACUACUACAGUUUCUCCAUUUGACAGCACUGUCAAAAUGGAGCAGGUAACAGCCACAACAAUGUCACCUGAAAAAGCAACAGCAGAGAUUGAAAAGACUACAACUACUACAGGUUUGUCUCUGUUUAGCACAGAGAAAACAGAGAAAGCUUCCUCCCAGCCAAGUUUGUCUGUCCAUUCCACUGUUGCGCCAUCUGCAAUGCCAGAUGUGGUAGAACAUUUUGUCACCACUUUUGUCCCCAAGGUGGACGUGACAAAACCUGAAGAAUCUUUCCAACAGGCUAGGUCUGAAAUUGCAUUUACCCAACAUCCUCUCACUGAUCUCUCUUCUGAAGAAACUGCAGAGGCCACCACAAGUCCCAUGUUGCCUGAGGUAGAUUCAAGGGACUCCAUUGACACUGUAACAACAUCUGCACAGGGCUCAGAAUCACCUUUUGUCCCAAUGGUUUCUACAGCAAUACCAUCUACAUCAGAAGUUAAAGGUUUAAGCCAGGUACCUAGAACAGAGGGAGUUUCGACUGAUAUAGAGGACAGCUCAGAACAAGACAGUGAGGUUGAAGGGACUUCCACUCCCACCAGUUUCUCUAUAAAGGAGGAAGUGACUGGGGAUACUGUUACUUCUCAAGUCGAGGAGAUCGUCACUGCAGUGUACGGUACACCUGCUACCGCUACUGUCACAUCUAUUUUCCCAGACAUUUAUCAAGAAGUGGACUAUGAGAAUAUUUCAAAUCUGUCACAGGCUGAAUCUAAACCUGCUGUUCAAACAACCACAAAACCUGAGGGAGAACCUGCAACUGUCAGCACUGCCCCUGACACAAGUUCAGUCCUCACCUCUAUCGCCGAAGAGAGCUCAGGUGACCAGAUUCCUGGUAUGUUUACCAAAGAGUAUGCAACUACAACUUCUACAGUUUCCUUUCUGUUUAGCACAGAGAAACCCACAACAAUCUCACAUGAAUCUGUAAAAGCAGAGAGUGAAGUCACAGAGGAAACAGAGGGACCAUUAGGCUCAGAAAAGCCAUCAGUUAGUCCUGCUGUUGAUGAGGCAGAGACAAAACCAGUUCUGUCCUCUACAGAUGAGGAGUGUACAGGUGACCAUACCGCUGAUAUGUCUGUCACUACAGCAGUUUCUUCUGUACACAGCACUGUCAAAGCAGAACAAAUGACAACCACAGUAAUGCCACAUGUGAUGUCAACAACAACGUCACCAGAAGAGACUGCAGCCAUUGAUCCGACAGAAACACCAACAGACUCAAAGGAGUUAGCAACUCCUGGUGUUGGUGACACAGAAACAGGUUCUACAGAUGAAGAGAAUUCUGGAGAUGAGACAAGUCCGAUGACCACCCAGGAGUCUCCUGUAACAGAAGCUCAUUUGCACAGUAGCACAGCCAAGCCAUUGCAGACAUCAACAUCACCAGUCUAUGAAUCCGUGGCUGACCUUACCUCUCCUGAAACAACUGCUGAUAGUGAAGAAACUAAACAGACAGACAUAACAAACACAGGACAGCCAUCAGGUGUUCCCAGUUCAGUGAAAAGCACAGUGAUCUCAGUCCUACCUGAUAGCGAUGAGGAGAGCUCAGGUGACCAAACCCCUGAUAUGUUUACCAAAGACUCACCAACUACUACAGUUUCCUCUGUGUUUAGCACAGAGGAACAUACAACAACAUCACAGGAAACUGUAACAGAUGAGAGUGAAGUCACUGAGCAAACAGAGAGACCAUCAGGCUCGGACAAACCAUCAGUUACCAUCUCUGUCUUACCUUCUACAGAUGACCAGAGCUCAGGUCACCAGACAAGUGAGGGUUUCACCACAGACGCUUCUGCAACAAAAGAUCCUCUCCUGGCUAGCACAGUCCAGCCAAUUGCCUCUGUCCAUUCCACUGAGGCACCAUCAGAGUCUGACGUGGUGGUCCAGUUUGUCACAACAUUUUCCCCCAAACCAGACAUGACAACACCAGAGGAAUCGUUUGAACAGGCCAGGUCGGAGAUAACAUUUACUCAUCAUCCUCAUACUGAUGUCUCUUCUGAGGAAACGGCAAUGCCCACAACCAGUCCCAUGCUGCCUGAGGAAGAUUCAAGCCAGUCUUUUGAAACUAUAACUGCACCUGCACAGAGCUCAGAAUCAACUUUUGUCUCUACUGCUUCUCCAGUGAAGAAUGAUGCUCUACUAUCCACAUCAGAGGCAGAGGAACAAGUUGAAGCUUUAAGCCAGGUACCUACAACGGAGGAGACUAGUGCAGAGGGCAGCUCCGAACAAGAGACUGUGGUUGAAGAGACAAGCAUUCCUACCAUUGUUUCUCCUCUAACUGAGAAAGUAUUAGAAACUAAAGUGUACAGCACGCCAUCUGCAAUAACAGACAUUGAUGAAAUGGUGGACUAUGAAAGUAUCUCAGAGCCCGUACAGGUUGAAUCUACACCUUCCAUCGUUAUAACCACCACAAAGCCUGAGGUGGAAGUAACAGCGCUCAGCACUGCCCCAACACAGACUGUCCCAACACAGAAGAUUGAGAGUGUGUCAUCAAGUUCAGAGAGCAGUUCAACGAGCAGAUCAGAGGAAGUGUCCAGCCCAUCUGUGACUCAGUCAGUAUUAGCCUCCUACAGCUCAGAAAGCAGUUUGGGGGAAAAGGUGACCAUAGCUUCCACUGUGAAGCCAGAGAGUGACACAACAGAGGAGACCACCUCAUCCCUCUCUGUGACUCAAACAGAACUGGCAGCCGCCGUCACUGGUUCACCCUUUCUCACGACUCCUAGGGCUGAAAUUGAGUCAGCCGGUUCUGAGAGCAGUCCAGAAGAAAAUACAGUUUCUGAGAAGCCAGAGAUUGACACUAUGGAGGAAACCACCCAAUCGUCGGCUGAGAUUCAGACCGGGUUUUUGCCAGGUGUCACCAGUCCACCAUCUCGCCAGUCUCCAGACGCUGGGGCGGAGUCCCUUAGUGUCGUAAGCUCCUCUGAGAAACAGGAAGCACAGGGUGAAAUUGAGGAAGUUGUUACUCCUGCCACUGAGAUGCCAACGAGGGAAAAGCCAGAGUACACAACUGUAUCGCCAGCAGAAACACAGAACCAGACAGAAUCAGUCACUACAAUCCACAGCAUUCCUUCAUCUGUGUCUGAGGAGGAGGAAACCGUGGACUAUGAUAAUGUAUCAGGACCUACGUUAGUCGAGGGUGAACCCCCCAUCAAGGGAGUGGAAACUACCACUUCAGCUGAGACCAGACUGGAUUUGGGGCACAUGAUCGUUGGCGAGACAGUUGAAAUUGCAGGUAUGUGCUUGUUAAUGAUACAAUGAUAUUGUGUGCUAUGGAAAUAUCAUCAUAUCAUCAUUUUAAAUGUUUGUCAUUUAACAUUUGUCUUCUCUAGAAUGUGAAAUCAAUUGAAUGUUUGUUUUCCUUUUUCUACUUCAAAUCUAAAACACAGGCAUCCACUCCUGCGCUGAGAACAUUUGUCUGAAUGGGGGCUCUUGUUACAGAAGCGGAAGUCUCCCCUCUUGCAGCUGUGCCCCUGGCUACAGUGGAGAUCGUUGUGAAACAGGUAUGCCAAAAAUGGUUUUCAGUCAGUGGAGGACCAAGCGCUUUAGAGUAUGAUCAGUCUCAAUAUGCUAAUGAGAUUCAUCUCAAAGAAAGGACCAAUUAUAUCCUGAAGGCCACAUCUAUGUGUAGGCCUUUCAUCUUGUUGGUUUACUAGUGUAGCAUCGGGUGCAGCAGCCAUGUGCCAAAAUUUGACUACGGGUAUUAUCGGCAUGCUGUAAUUUGAAUACAGAGUUCAUCAGACAUGCAUUUGUUUUGCAUGUCCACCUCCUCCAUGUCUCAACGGUUAUGCAGUUGUUCUAUCUGUUUGUUUUAUUUCCUGUGCAGUGUAAUUUACCCAUGCUUUUUCCACACAUUUCUUUUCAGAUGUUGAUGAAUGUCAGUCCAACCCCUGUCACAACGGAGGUACCUGCGUUGACGGCCUGAAUUCUUUCACCUGUGUUUGCCUCUCAAGCUACGCUGGAUUCUAUUGUGAAGAAGGUAGGUUAGUUAGAAUAUCCAUGGGAUCUGUCAGUAAACAUUUCUCUCCUCAUCGAACAUCAGCUGAAUGAAAGCAUUCGAGUAGGUAUUUGAUUUAGGUUAUUCCAGCUAACCCUUUUUCUCCAUCACUCAGGCACUAGGACUUAUAAAAGCUUGCCAUGCAAAGGAGAAUAUGACAUAGUAAAAUAAACAAUAUCAGUGUUCUUAGCAACGGUGUGAGGUGCUCCAGCGCUGGUUUCUAUUUCCCACAAAAAUACAUCACUGAUCAUUGAAUUUAGAUCACAGAGGAAAGGAAGUUGGCUUUGUUGGGGGAAAGUCAUAGAUCUCCAGAUAGCUGUGUGUGAUAUAUCUUAAUAUGAUCAGUUACCUGAGCCCUUGGGAAAUAGAGUGAAACUCUGAGACUCUGAGUCAUUCGGAUACAGGAGGCAGCGUAGAAAUGUGUAGUCCCCUCCCACCUCACGGCACAGCUCCAUGCAGUGCCUUCUCCAUAACCUCUGAUGCUUCCACUCACAGACAGUCUCUGAGUCAUAAACAUCUUUUUUUAUGUCUUCAGGACGUCCACAUUUUACAGGCCUUAGUGUCGCCCUCAGGCACUCAUACUAUUAAGAUAUAGUGUUACGAAACAAAAAGCCAGGGGCAACAGUCUCUUCCCAUAUCAGACAGACCACAGAUUGUCACAGUUUUCCAUGUCUGCGAACACGGUGGUCUAUUAAAGAAAUCACAGACAUUUGGUUAAUACCCACGAGUCCAGGUGUAAAGGCAUUUUCCAGUACAGGUGUUUUAGACUUCAUGUCCUCUCUUGCUCAGCUCAACAAUGAUCCAGUCGUUCGCUGGCCCUGAGCAGGGUAUGUGAAAGGAAUCAGUAGAUGUUACUGUAUUUGUUCAACAGAACCUGGGUUGAGAACGUCAAGUUUGAAGUUUGAAUUGCACAAGUACAGUAAAAUACCUGAUUAUGUCAUCCAGACCAACUCAUAGCCUCGUAUUCUCUAGUGAGUCUAUGGAUUCACUGCACCCCAUUUUGUCCCUGAUGUGUUGACCCAGGGCAUUAUACAUGCUGGCCAGUCUGUCCCGACCAUACCCCGAAGUUGCUGCCAUCACUCAUCAGUGAGUCGGGGCUGGAUCCCGUAUGCUAAGACCUGGCUGUUUUCUCAGGGUCUCUUGCCAGGAGACAAACAGAGAAAAGGCCACGAUAAAGCUCUCUGUUUAGUCCAUAUACAGCUGUAUUAAGGGAAUAAGAGAGAGUAAAUAGUAAAUAUAAGUAAAUAGAUGUGUCACAGUAGUAUACACUGAUUAGAGAGCAGUCUGAGAUAACAUCAUGGUCAGAGGGCUCAGGGUGACCCGCUCUCUGUCUCCUAAUUAUCUCCUGAACUUAAUUGGUGUUGCACUGAAGGACAAAACCUAGAUCAACAUGCAGAUAGGACCAUGUUCCUACAGGUGUUGGGUAGGUUAGACAUUCUUAGGGGAGAGUCUCUUUUUCAGUGAAAAUAUAGUGAAAGGUAUUGGAAUGUGUGUAACCCUCUUUUUCAUUAAUCAUAUUACCUUUUUUGUGCCAAGUUGUAGACGCAUGCAUUGUUUACAACCUUUUUCCCCCCUCAAUCAAUAACAGUUUUUGAAAAUGAUGUGUUUAUUCAUAGGCAUUCUGUCCGUUGUAAAAGUCUGUGUCAUUGUCUGUGGAUUCCUAGCUGCUCUCAUCUUUUUUAUUGGACCGUUGGAUACACGUCCAUAUUCUCUAUCUCUCUCUACCCUCUCUCUCCUCAUCUCCUCCUCUCUUCCUCUCUCUCUCUCUCCUCUCUCUCCUCUCCUCUCUCUCCUCUCCCUCUCUCUCCCUCUCUCUCUUUCUCCCCCUCUCUCUCUCUCUCUCACGCUCUCUCUCUCUCUCUCCUCAGACACUGAGACGUGUGACUACGGCUGGCACAAGUUCCAGGGCCACUGCUACAAGUACAUCCCCCAGAGGAGGAACUGGGACACAGCGGAGAGAGAGUGCCGGGUACAGGGGUCACACCUUGCCAGCAUCCUCUCCCAUGAUGAGCAGCAGUUUGUCAACCGUAAGUGUGAUAUCACACACAUACACGUAUGCACGUACACGCCACGAAAACAAUACUAUUAGUUGUAAACAAGACAACACAAGACACACAACCAACAAUAGAAUAAUGCUCAAUGACACAGUCUUAACCGUCUGUAAAUAACUACAGUAUGUCACAACAAGUGUACUUCUUAAGGCUGAUUUACAACCCCUGCAGCUAAUAGUAGGAUUAUCCUACAUCUGGAAUUUGCAGAAACACCAGGGAAUUCCCAACAGAUUUAUCCUUGUCUUAAAGUCAGUGAAGGCUAAUCUCAUCAAUUAAUAUGGGCUGUGGAGCAGAGAGGUAUUGUGCAUUACUACAGUAAGUUAUUGGGUGGUUGGCAGCGACAGUGGAGUAGACGACAAACGUCUUGGCUGAGAGAGAGAGAGAGAGAGAACGCAGGCAGUUGGAACAGGAAGAGUGAUGCAUGUGUAGAAAAAUGCCUCUCUCUUUAUGGAGGGAGUGAAAAACGCCCAAUAAGGCAGUGGAAUCAACUCAUUGACCCACUGUGUUUUAUUGUGCCCUUCACGGCAGGCCUUGGACAGGACUACCAGUGGAUCGGCCUGAACGAUAAGAUGUACGAGAAUGACUUCUGCUGGACCGACAGCAUGCCCAUGGUAAGAAGGGGUUCUCACACUUUUUUGCCUCAACAAACAAUGUUGAAUCCUGGUAAAUAUUUAGAGGGAUACUGCUGACAAACACAGUAAUCUGGGAGAUGUGUCAUUUCCUGCGGUGGUGAAUGAGGAAACUCACUGUGGUCACUUUCCCAUGACGUACCCUACUAUCUCCUCUACACCCUGUUGGACAAGCUCACUUGCUUGGUGUCAUGCUCAUAGAAAAAAAUUAAUUGAACAGGCAUCCCCAUUCAAAUCAAUGAUGGCAUAAUGGGUGGACUGGGCCGGCCAUUGCGAGUGUACCCAUAAAGGCAAAGCAGGAAGUAAAAGCAGGAAGUGUACCCAAUAAUCGGUGCGGUGAUUUGUUGAAUCAACUCAACUGACAUUACAGAAAUUACAUUCCAUCGCAUGAGCCACAUCAGUUAACAUAAUUUGAAUGAACAUUCUACAUUACCAUGGAAAUUAUUGCAUCACAAUACCAGGCAGCCAUUGCAAGUGUAACCAUGAGUUUACCAGUCAAAUUGCCAGGGUUAGAGGUUCCAAGCCUGUUCUAUUAAUUAUAUUGCUAUAGUAAUGCUACACUGCAUGUCCAGUGACAUGGGGUGCCUUUCACUAACAACAAUCUCUGUCAUUCACAAACUAUAACAAUAACCACGCUGGCUUGAAUUGUGUAUGUCUGUUGAUUGUAAUAGAGGGAGGAAAAUAGACAUACUGAGCCUCAGUAUAUGUAGUGUAUGUGUCUGCACAAGUGGAAGCUUGUUUGUUUGUGGUCGUGUAAACGCACUGCAGAUUCCCCUCACUAGACAGGAAAGUGGUUAAUUACUACUUUCGGCCAGGUUGAACAGAUUGGCUCUUCACUUCAAAGAUAAGACCACACCAUCACCAGAGAGAGAGGGUUGGGGGAAGGGUGGAGGACAGAGAGGGCCUGGGGGGCAGAAGAUAAGCUGUGUCCUUUUGCGGGCAGAUAGAACCCCCUCUCAGCUGAGAGAGAUGGGAAUAAAGGUAUCAGUGACCCAGCAGGGAGAGGAGCUGACAGGCGCAGACAGGUACAGGCCUCUCCCUCUCCUCAGGAAGCACAGCAGGCAGCUGGGGGGAGGGCCACCAGCAGCCAGACACACAGAUGGGCAGCACCUGUCCCCGGCAGCAGAGAGAGAGGUGGGGGUGGGUAGUGGUCCUGGGUGGGUGGGUGGUCAGCGUUACUGUAUUGCGGCUUUAUCUGGGAACCGAGUGUAUCUACCUUAACAGUAUUAAAUCCUCUCUUGUGUAAAACAACAAACACAUUUAACACACACAACAUUGAUUCUCAAUUCAUUCAGGAAUUGUAGGAAUUAUAAUUUGCAUGUGUGGGGUGGACAGGAGGGGGUAAUUUUGGUUUUGUGUGAGGGAGAGGCUGUUUGAUUAUUUGGGGGAGGAUGCGGGGGGGGCUGUUGUGGGCAUUUGCUACGUCAGUCAGCUGAGCAGGAAGCUGAGGUUGUGUUUACUAACCGUAAUAACAAGGUUCCUUGUGGGUUCCUGCAUGGGGCCUCGGGGGAGGAACGGGGUGAGAGUGGGGGGUCACGGCUUUGAACAGACUGUUUGAACCUAAAGCCUAGCUGAGAGAUGGUAGCUCUGAUCAAUGCAGCGGUGCAUUGCACGCAGCUCUGCAGCUGUGUGUAUACAGGUGUAGGAUCUUAAUUUGAGCCAGUUUGCUACAGCAGGAAAAUUAUCCUGCAGCAACAGGAAAUGUGAAUUAUUAUGUGGAUUAAAAUUCAUGUACAUUUUUGUAGGGGUUGAUACGUUUUUCAUAAGAGAAAAUCAAGUCUGACAUUUAAAAGUGGAAAUUACAAAAAUCCGAAGCUUUUUUUAUAGCUCAAAUACUCUAGUUUUACAUUUUUGUAUUGCAGGAAAGUUCUCCUGUAACAGGGUGAUCAAAUUAAGAUCCUACAUCUGUAUGUGUGUGUGUGUGUGCGGAAAUUAUCGUGUGUUGAAGCAGAGUUACAAUAGUAACAUUGUCUGGAUGUCCUUUGGGUGGUGGAACAUUCUUGAUACACACUGAAAACUAUUGAGCGUGAAAAACCCAGCAGCGUUGCAGUUCUUGACACAAACCGGUGCGCCUGGCACCUACUACCAUACCCCGUUCAAAGGCACUUAAACCUUUUGUCUUGCCCAUUCACCCUCUGACUGGCACACAUACACAAUCCAUGUCUCAAUUGUCCUCAUCUACACUGAUUGAAGUGGAUUUGACAAGUGACAGCAAAAAGGGAUUAUAGCUUUCACCUGGAUUCACCUGGUCAGUCUAUGUCAUGAAAAGACCAGGUGUUCAUAAUGUUUUGUACACUCAGUGUACACACGGCUAAAAUGCUGUUUCAGCCAAUCAGCAUCCAGGACCCAAACUACCCGGUUUAUAAUAUCCAAUACUUCACAUUGAAUCAAGAUAUCCUCCAUCUUACAAAUGUGCAAUAUGACGGUGUAUAUGUGGUAGAAACCUUGUAUUUCCCAUGAGUGUUUCCAUGCUGCACAGCACAACUGUAGCAGUAUAACGUUUAUCUGAGCAGGGCUCACAGGCUCAGUUUAUUUUGUGAUUUGGCCUCUUUUCUGUUCCUUUGUUUGGCUUUGGAGCGAAGCCUCUCACAGGGCUGGCGGGUGAUGUCAUAAUGUAGCUGGGCAGUGGGUUACAGUGUCCUCUGGGAACUGAGGCAGCAGGGUGGAGGGGUGAGGGUGGAGUAGAGAAGGGUGGAGGGGGUGAGGAGAGAGGAGAGGGGGUGGAGGGGGUGACGAUAGAGGGAUGGAGUGGGUGAGGAGAGAGGAGAGGGGUGGAGGGGGUGAGGAUAGAGGAGUGGAGGGGGUGAGGAGAGGGGUGGGGGGGUGAUGGGAGAGGGGUGAGGAGAGAGGAGAGAGGGGUGGAAGGUGUGAGGAGAGAGGGGGUGAGGAGAGAGGGGUGAAGGGGGUGUGGAGAUAGGAGAGAGGGGGUGAGGAGAGAGAGGUAGAGGGGGUGAGGAAAGAGGGGGUAAGGAGAUAGGGUGGAGAGGUUUAGGAGAGAGGGAUGGAGGGAAAGAGGGUUGUUAGAGAGACAGAGGAGUAGGAGAGUCUGUUUGAAAGUAGGAGAAAGUAAAAAGUAAUUUAGCUUACCCAAAGUCACAGUACAUUCUACAGUUAUCUAUCUCCCCUGCAACUCUUCACCAAGUUGUCGCUGUAAGUGAAAAAUUGUUUUCACACCAUCUACCUGGUAAAAUGAAGGUUAAAUCGGAUAAAAAAGUAUUGUUGUGAUGAUGAGCUCAACAUGACCAUUAUUAUAGUUCCAGAUGUGUCAAUACGUCUGUGUUGAUCUUAACAGGCAGAAGGAACAUAGAGCCCUCCAGUGGAUCGUCUAAGCAUUACAUUCAGCUGCCACAUUUGAGUUAUUCAGAAAUUGCCCCACCAACCUAACUACACACUGGAAAGCUAUUUUAACCUCAUUGAUAACCAAUUACAAUUAUUUUCAUAUUUUCAACAGCAUUUUUGCCUACAUAUUAUUAAUUAAAGUUCAAGUCCCUUAACUAUCAAUUGAGUCUAACUUGCACUUCUAUGGAAUAGCAAUGGGUACUAACUACACAGGGUGCUGGUGGGUCAUGUUAGGGGUAAGACAUGUUUGGGAACCACUGUAAAGGUGCAUGUACUGAUUGGAUGGCCUUUGCCCCAGAGUUGACUAUCACUGACCAUAUCUAUUGUUCCAAUUAUACCCCAGAGAUAACGAGUGUGGCCAGCAUGCUGUUAGCUGUCAUUACAUUUUUUACAUUUUAGUCAUUUAGCAGACGCUCUUAUCCAGAGAGACUUACAGUUAGUGAGUGCAUACAUUUUUCAUACUGGCCCCCCGUGGGAAUCGAACCCACAACCCUGGCGUUGCAAGCGCCAUGCUCUACCAACUGAGCUACAGGACUUGCUAGGUGUCUUUACUGUGAUCCUGGUCCAAUCCUUCUUAUGAUGAUGAAGAAGGGGACAAUGAUGAUGAUGAUGAUCCAAUCAUGAUGGUUUGUUUCUUCUUCUUUUCCCAUAGCAAUAUGAGAACUGGCGUCCCAACCAGCCAGACAGUUUCUUCUCAUCUGGAGAGGACUGUGUGGUGAUGAUCUGGCAUGAGGACGGCCAGUGGAAUGACGUGCCCUGCAACUACCAUCUCACAUUCACCUGCAAGAAAGGCACAGGUAAGACAGAGAUACAGUUUAAAAAUGCCACAAAAGAACUUUAAUGUUAGCCAUAAUUGUCCCAUAAUAAUUGUCCCACCUAGAUAUCUUAAGAUGAAUGCACUAACUGUAUGUCGCUCUGGACAGGACCGUCUGCUAAAUGACUAAAAUGUAAAUGUAUUGAAGAGCCUUGUUGAGAGCUAUUUUAAUCCACUGACUGUGUACAUUUCUGUAUAAUUAAUUCAUUCACUCAUCCAUCCAUCCAUCCAUCCAUCCAUCCAUCCAUCCAUCCAUCCAUCCAUCCAUCCAUCCAUCCAUCCAUCCAUCCAUCCAUCCAUCCAUCCAUCCAUCAAUUCAUUCAUUCAUUCAUUCAUUCAUUCAUUCAUUCAUUCAUUCAUUCAUUCAUUCAUUCAUUCAUUCAUUCAUUCAUCCAUCCAUCCAUCCAUCCAUUCAGCCAUUCAUUCUCCCAUCAACCCCUGUGUGUUCUUCCCAGUGGCCUGUAACCAGCCCCCUCUGGUACAGAAUGCUCGGACCUUCGGCAGGAAGAGGUCACGCUAUGAGAUCAACGCGCUGGUGAGGUACCAGUGUAGGGACGGCUUCAUCCAGAGGCACGUGCCAACCAUCCGUUGCCGUGAAGACGGCCGAUGGGACAUCCCCAAAAUCGCCUGCAUGAGUCGUGAGUACAGUAGAUUGAUUGAUUGAUUCUAGUGAGGAUCUCUCUGUUUACUGGUUUUCACUCCACAAGUGCUAUUGUUUCUUCUUCAGCAUCAAACUUCCAGAGGGCCUUCUCGAGGAGGCAGAGCUACAGCCUGUUCAGUAGCAACAACUACAAGCGGCGGUCCGACGAGGCGGCGGCCCGACAUCAUCAUCCUCACCAUCGAGGAAGGAGAGAGGGGAGAUCGGUGAUAAGGCGAAGCAGAAGACAAUGA